UUUUCCCAGAAGUCCCCGGCCCCGCUUCAGUACGUAAAGCGUCCUCAGCGUCCAGGACGGGCUCCGCCCCCAUGGCCUCUCUCUCUCUCUCACAGGGGCGGAAGCCAACGCCUGUCCCCUGGUAAGUGUGGGAAUGCGCAUGCCCGCUUUCUUCACGCGCUUCCCCCUGGCCAGUUAACAGCACGUGCUGAGCGAGUCUCUCGCGGGCGCUUCCUCACGCCUGUUCCUCGAGUACAGCGAGCGGGGAGGGCAGAAGGAAAGCCAGGCAGUCCCGCGUCCUGUUCGCACGCUGGCCAACUAGACACCUGUAGGGAAUCCCGCAAGCGUCCUCUUUCCCACGCCCAACCACUGUGGUUUCCAGCAUCUGCCAUUCAGAAGCAUUGCUGCCUCCAGUUUUAGACGCAGAGCACAGCCAGCCUCUUUUGAAGCCGUAUUUAGAUUGGUGGCCAUCACCGCCUCCUGUGGGAGCAUGUUCCAUGGUUUAAAUGAGGUGGCUCUGUGGAUUAAGCCACAGAUCCUAGGGCUUGUGGAUCAAAAGGUUCAAAUCCCUGCGACUUGGUGAGCUCCUGUUGCUCGGUCCCAGCUCCUGCCAACCUAGCAGUUUGAAAGUACAUCAAAGUGCAAGUACAGUGAUGCCUCAGGUUACAAACGCUUCAGGUUACAUACGCUUCAGGUUACAGACUCCGCUAACCCAGAAAUAGUACCUCAGGUUAAGAACUUUGCUUCAGGAUGAGAACAGAAAUUGUGCGGCGGCGGCACAGCGGCAGCAGGAGGCCCCAUUAGCUAAAGUGGUGCUUCAGGUUAAGAACAGUUUCAGGUUAAGAACUGACCUCUGGAACGAAUUACUUAACCCGAGGUACCACUGUAGAUAAAUAGGUACCACUCCGGCGGGAAGGUAAACAGCGUUUCUGUGCGCUGCUCUGGUUCGCCAGAAGCGGCUUACGUCAUGCGGACCACAUGACCUCCGGAAGCUGUACACCUGCUCCCUUGGCCAGUAAAGUGAGAUGAGCGCCGCAACCCCAGGGUCAUCCGCAACUGGACCUAACUGUCAGGGGUCCCUUUACCUUAGCUCUGGACAUUUUGUUUCCCUGAGUAGAUUUCAUUAUGUUUUCAAAUCCCGUCUCUGUGCUAUCUUUGCCUAACUUGCCCUUCCCACCCCACCCCCACAUGUUUCUCAAUAUAUUUCAUAUUGGAUUUAUUCUUUAAUUUUUUUACACAGAGAGUGUUUAAACAGAUGAAAACCCUUUUUCCAUCUGGCUGAGGAGUUGCACUGGAAGGCUUUAUGUUGAUUCUGAGAGCCGAUUGCAAGGGGAAACAAGGUUGCCACGUUUUAUUAGUUUGUCUUUCAUAUGUUAUUUAAAAUAACCAAACAGAUGAAAAAUAAUAAACAGGUGUAUAGUUAGUUGCAGAUUGACUGGUAUAUCUGAAGUGAUGCAAGAGCCUCAUCUUUUAUAUGUUUGUUCAUUUCCUUCCAGUCUUACUUUUUUUCCCCCCAGGUAGCAUUCUAUUUGGAAAUAAAAUUUUAAAAUUCUGCCAAAAAAAGAAAGAUCAGGAAGCUCUUAGUACACCAUGAAUAAGCUUGUGAAACCACUAAAAAAUAAAACAGCCCAAGGAGAAGCUCAGUAACUACUGAGGGAGUUUGGGUGUGUAAGUUAGGUUGCCAGAUCUUUUGCAGACUUAUUAAUUAGUCCAAAUAAAUCAUGGCUGCUCUCUUAUCUUCACAGCAUAAUUGUGAGGAAUGUUAAGCUGAGGGAUGGUGACUGAGUUUUAUAGCUGCAUGGACAUUUGAAGUGAGAUCUCUUUGGUUCUAGACUUCCAGCACGCAGGUGUGACUAAGGUCACAGAAUCUGCAAUCAUGUAAUACUUAUGUUACUGACCUACCGUUUUGUUCUUGGUUUUAUUAUGAAUUUUGUGUUUUUUCAUCUUGUAUUUUCAUAUUGUGAACUGCCCUGAGAAUCUUCCCAGCCCUAUAAUGCACAUAACACCAAUGUCUCACAACAAAUGUAACUGAAGAAGCUGAAGAAAGAGACAAUGCAUGUGCUUUGAAAACGAGGGGAAAUUAUUAUUUUUUUAAAGAAGAAAAGGAGUGUGUGACAGCCCCCAGUAUUAAAAGAGCCCCCACCCCUAUUACAUCAUUAAAACCAGAACAAACUUAUGAAACUAGGUAAAGGUAAAGGGACCCCUGGCCAUUAGGUCCAGUCAUGGCCGACUCUGGGGUUGCAGUGCUCAUCUCGCUUUAUUGGCCGAGGGAGCCGGCGUACAGCUUCCGGAGGUCAUGUGGCCAGCAUGACUAAGCCAUUUCUGGCAAACCAGAGCAGUGCACGGAAAUGCCGUUUACCUUCCCGCCGGAGCGGUACCUAUUUAUCUACUUGCACUUUGACGUGCUUUCGAACUGCUAGGUUGGCAGGAGCAGGGACCGAGCAAUGGGAGCUCACCCCGUCGCGGGGAUUCGAACCGCCAACCUUCAGAUCGGCAAGUCCUAGGCUCUGUGGUUUAACCCACAGCGCCACCCGCAUCCAAACUAUGAAACUAGAAAAGAGCAAAAAAUAUCAAUGUUUGGUCCAGAUCCUAGGUACUGCACCCUCACUAAAGGAGACUGUAUGGAUGAUUGACUAAAUGAUUGUAGGAUGGCGUGUGUACCUGAGCUUAUGGCCUCAUAUUCUCUUUAUCUUAUAUUCUGCUUUAUUACAAAAAUGACGACUAGACUACUGAUCCUAAGCUGAAUAGUUAGUUGCCCAACCACCCCCUCCAGAACCCACCACUCUCAACUGCUUUGCAUUCAAACUCCCUUUCAAAUCCUCAUCCAAUCAUCACUCACCACCAGAAUCCCACAAUAUCUCUUUGCCCCUCCCUCCCUCCUUAACAUUCCCAUAAUCAUUCUGAUACAAUUACCUUAAUAACCCUUCUACAUUCAAUAUUUUAUACACACUUCUCCCUAUAACCAUACUGUUAGAAGCACUUGAGCUUCCCAUGCCUGGUUCCUAGGAAAUGGGGGUGAGAACUGCAGGUUCUCCAUCCCUGUUCUAAAAACCAGAUGUCUUCCCCCAAAUGAUCCUGGGAAUUGUAGUUUCUUAGGGGUUCUGGGGAUUGUAGGUCUGUGAGAGGGAAGCCACAAUGGCAUGAAUCAUUUUGGGAGAAGUCAUGUGCUUUAAAGGCGCAUUGGAUGCUCUUUAAAACACAGUAUCAGAGACUUGUAGAGUUGGAAGGGAUCCCAAGGGUCAUCUAGUCCAACCCCCUGCAAUGAAGGAAUCUCAACUAGAUGAUCCAUGGCUGAUGACCAUCCAAGCGCUGCUUAAAAACCUCCAAGGAAGGAGAGUCACCGCUUCAGGCCCUAAGGGCCUCUGGAGCAGGAGAAAACAAGUUUGCUUCAUCCUCCAUGUGACAGCCCUUUAGACUUUAGUUAUUGAAAGGGCUGCAUGGUGUGGAUCGCUUAUCAGUGUUAUGAGCAACACAUUUCUCUCUCCCCUUUCUCCAUACCAUGCAGAAUUGCAAUGGUAACCAGAAGGCUGGAGUUUGGAGGCUGUGGGCAGGAUCCUUGCAUUGCUGGGGGUUUGACUAGAUGACCCUUGGGAUCCCUUCCAACUCUGCCAUGCUAUGAUUAUAUCAAGCAGCUAAACUGCUAAAGGAACAAAAGGAUGCUUCUGAAACAUUUGGGAAUCAUAGGAACACUCUCCCCACCGGUGGCUUCCAGCAAGAGCUUGCAUCUUCCUUAGGAGAGAGGCAGUCCAGAACAAGCAGGGAAAGGCUCAGAGUUCAGGUAGGUGGAAAUGCCAGUUGAGUGCCCUAUACUAUAGGAAGGCUUCCUUCCUGUGUCCUCCACCCUCAUGCGCCAGACUGGUGCUAGCAUGGCUGGGAGCCAGGCACCUGCUGAUUCCUUCAUUUUCUUUGCAAGGAGGGAGCCUUUCCCCAACAUAUACUUCGUUCUGGCCAAAUCCCUGGAGAGAUGUGAUGACUCUCAGGUACUAGGGCAGAGGGAAGGAAGGGUCCUAGUGAAACACGUUUGGGGAGUCUGUGGCUUCCAGCAAGUGCUUUUUAAAAGCAUCAUUCCCUCCAACAGGGGAGGCUGAGCAUAGCCAUCACGGCUAGUUGCCUUUGAUAGGCCUCUCUUCCAUGCAAUUGUCUAGCCCUCUUUGAAAGCCAUCCCACCCAAGAUGCCCUUGUGGUGUAUCUGAUUCUCCUAUGCUUCCUUGCUCCUGCAAGGAGAUGACUAUUGUGAGAUCCUUUGGUUAACAUCUAUCUGGGCUGGAAAAUAUUAAAGAAUCAGGACUGGUGAGCUUCCCUUGAAGCACAACUGAUCAGAGGCAGGCAGAUUUGUUAGCAUCUUGAUAAAGAUGCUCAUACAACAAAGGAUGCUAUCAUACCACGCAAGCGUCUCAGAAAAAGCUCCCAAGCUGAUGAAGAAGAGAGCAGUUAAGUGGUCGGGGGCUGCCAUUUCUGGAUCCCACCACAGCCCUUCCAUGUUGCCAAAGAAAUCAAUGUCACAAGAGUUUUCUCCUCGCACCUCCUCCCCAUGAGCCCAUGUGGGGCUUCCUCAGACAUAUGCUGUGUCUGAACCAGCAGAUCUCACCAAACCAAGUAAUCGAGGACCCAGUCAGAAAAGGAGUGUGCGCAGUCAUACUAGAAACAAGCAGAAUAACUAAACAGGUACUAGAAGUCACUCCAGAACUGGCCCUACUGGACAUCAUCCAAGAUAACAAUACCCGCUCACACUAGAAAGAGCUCAUAACCCAUUGACAGCAUAUGAUUCAAUAUGGCUAACUUAACCUGACAACCCCCCUCACCCACACACACACAAAUCCCACUGCAGCCAGCCAAAGACGAUCAACCACACCCUAGGCCACCCCAGCCUCUCUCACCACCAAGGAAACAUUACAAGCGAAUAGAAAGAGAACUUCCCCAAGUGACGCUGACAGGAAAACCCCAAGCAUACACGAAAUAAAAGAACUUAAGCUUUGCCUCUCUCCUAUUCCCCGCCCCCCUGAGAUCUAUGGGUGAAGGGCAGUAUACAGAUUUAAUAAAGCAAUAAUAAUAAAGUUUUAAAAAAACAAAUCAGCAAACCUUGGAGUUCCCAUAGCACACUGAUAGCAGCAUAGCACUCUUUCUUAGUGGUUCAGGUUUUUGUUUUGUUUUUUACAAUAUUCUCUGUGCUCUCCAGCUGAGUUUACUAUUAGAGGAUUAUAAUUACAGCAAAAGAACAUACCUACAAAUGAGUUGAAUUUGCAGGUGUUAGAAUACAACAUACUAAAGUUGUAUACAAGAUUAAGCUUUGGAUGCCUGAGGUUUGGCCAGAUGAACAUUUCAUCUUCCAAAAGGAAAAAGAGAGACAUUAUGGUAUAAUUUUUCAAUCCAACUUUCAUUUCAUUAAUUGUCCUGUAGAGGUCUCCAUGACUUGCUAAGUAAUUGGCAUAGAAUUUCUUACAAUUUCUAUAUUGUUGCUGUUUUGUGGGUGAGAUUCAACUGCAUAUGUACUAGCAAAAAGUUUUUGUGAACUCAGCAGGGAAAAGGCAUGAUUGGUACCUUCAUUGCACAACAGUAUUAUGCUGGAUAAAAUGAAUGAACAGACUGUUCAUUCUUACUGUCAGUAUAACUUGUAAAAAUAUGUACAAGGGAGAAGCACACAUUAAUAUGAGUACUGUCUGAAAUACUACAAACUCAUAACUCGUUAGCUAUGUAGGGAAGAUGGCUUAUCUGAUUAAUGAAUAGCACUGGAGCUUAAUUAUUUCCUCUGGAAUCCUUUUUGCCCCUUUAAAUAGACCCAGAAGUGAAUAUGCAGUAGCUUAGUCACUAAAGAUCUUUUCUGAAAAUUAAAUAACAUAGCAAUGAGAAGUUACUUUAAAAUUCCUAAGGCUAAUUGAGCAGUGACAAAUGGUUGAUAGUCUUUGAUAAUAAGUUAUUAGAAUGAUAUUGAAGGCCUUUUAUUUUGUACCGUUUGGGUGCUGUCUUGUCCAGUCAUGAAGUAUGAAGAGUGCUUAGUUGUCUGGGGUUAGGGCUGACUAGUCAAGUUUUUUUUCAAACAGGAGAGGCAAAGCAAAUAUGGGGUGCGUUAAAGAGGAAUAAGUCUCUCUUCUGUCAGCUUUUGUUUUGUUUUCUUGCCACAGCUGGAAGACGUUAGGCAUUAGAUAUACUACAUCCUUUGAAUUGCAGCAGUUCCUGUAUUUGGGGGCAAAUACCAUACAAUUCUCAAGACCCCCUGAGAGUCAACUAAAAUAACACCAUCUCUUUUCAUCUAGAUAACCAACCCACUGACAUGUGGAUAUUUUAUGUAAAUAUUUCUCUUCUUUCUGAUGCUUACAAGUUUUACAUCAGAGUUCUUCUUAAUGUUGUAUUUCCCAUUAACAUAUUUCAGUUUAAUUAAAAGCAUCAGUUGUGCUACUCUUUCAUCCUGGAGGCAACACUGCUAUCAAUAAGCUACAUACAAUUGUCUACAUAGAAGUUGAAAACAGAAAAUACUGUGUAAGGAUCAUAGAAUCAUAGAGUUGGAAGAGACCACAAGGGCCAUCGAGUCCAACCCCCUGCCAAACAGGAAACACCAUCAGAGCACUCCUGACAUAUGGUUGUCAAGCCUCUGCUUAAAGGCCUCCAAAGAAGGAGACUCCACCACACUCCUUGGCAGCAAAUUCCACUGUCGAACAGCUCUUACUGUCAGGAAGUUCUUACUAAUGUUUAGGUGGAAUCUUCUUUCUUGUAGUUUGGAUCCAUUGCUCCGUGUCCGCUUCUCUGGAGCAGCAGAAAACAACCUUUCUCCCUCCUCUAUGUGACAUCCUUUUAUAUAUUUGAACAUGGAUAUUCUUCUAAUAAAGUCUGUUAAAUAAAUAUAAAUUAGCACAAGGCCACAAAUUUUCUUAUUGAAAACAUUCAAAAUCUAUGUGAAUAUGCUGUUGCAGGAAGCAAUGGUUUUUUUUGGUAAUGCUGCAUAAAGCACAACCGGUUUUUCUAAAACUCGUUCCUAUAUUCACUUUCCUUUUGUCUUCUCAAAUAAGAAGUCAUUUAUUAUUAUUAUUAUUAUUAUUAUUAUUACUACUACUACUUAAACCAUUCUUUGCAAUGAUGGCAUCAUGUAAUUUUCCAUUGUUGAGCCAAUAAUAUCUGUGCAGCUGUUAACAAAUAGGAAAUAAUUUCCCUAAGCUCUUUCCUUAUACUGGGUGACAUGGUUCAACAAAAUCAAUACUGGAUCUAAAUGAACUUCAUAUUUCAAAAUUUAGUUGUUAUUUUAAUAAUCCUCUUCAAGUAUUUUUGUUGUAAAUACAUGUCUACCACAUACGAUAAUAGGUUCCAUUUUCUUUUUUUACUCUAACCAGAUUUUUUGAAUAUGUUCUGUUUAUUGCCUGAAUAGUUACUGGUGUCUUGCCAUUACCUUGAAACAAUCUUCUCUCAUAUUUGCAUUCAGUGAAAAUUUAUGAUCCUUUCUCCACAUUUUCUCCCAUACCCCCAUAGCUAUGUUAUUUCCCAUAUCCGGAUCCCACUUUAUCACAUAUUCCUUUACUCAUUCCUGUUCAUCAUAUUGUAACAACAGAGCUUAGAUAAUGGAUGUUUAUCUUUCUUUUUAUUAUAUUUAUAAAUUCUGUUACCUCCCUCAGUACCUUAUUCUCUCUUAUAAAUUUUUGUUCUGUAUUUUGUACUUGUAGACAUUCAUAUCAGUGCAGCUAGUCUUUCUUUGUUGGCUUUUUGACUGCUGGAAAUUGAAUCAAUGUUCUAUCUUUAAUCAGUUCUCUGUAACUAUAUACAUCAUUUCCCCCCCAAAUGCUAAAACCAUGAUCCUGCUUGAUUUCAUCUAGUGCCAGCCAGAAAGGGCAGAUAGUUGGGCUUAUUAAUCAUUUAUAUCGAUUCCAUUUUUUUUAACCAAAUGAAUACCAGAAAAUUACUUUUAGCUGCUAUUACUCAAUUUAUUAUAGGCCUCCACAGAGCUUUAAGUUAUUUAAUUGUGUACUAUAACGAUGAGAAGCAAAUAUUUAUUUAUGGAUUAGAGUUUUGUCGGUUGUUUGAUUAUUGUUGAUUAUUGUUAAGAGUUGUCAAAAGGGGGGUGGUCUGCAAAUCUGCUGUUUCAGUUGGGAGAAAGUUGCGGACAGAAAAUAUACUGUAUUAGACACAAAUAUCCCACUUAUGUAUCAAACUUCUUGAGCUGGUCAUGUAAUUUACGCAGUUUUAUGGAAUUUGUGAAAGCAUGUGGAGUUUGCAUUUGGAACGCUGAAUAACAAGUUGGAAUGUGCUUGCUUGUAAACCUUUUUCCCCUUUAUACAGUAUUGCAUACAGUAUUCUGCAUAUAGAAUAGGAGGUUUGCAAAUAGCAAAAUGAGAUAACAAAAAGAGAGACACUAACAGGUUCUCCAUAUUUGCAAGGCAUAGUUAGUGUAACCAUUACUUCACUUUUAUUUAGUAACCAACACACGUACGGGCACUGGCUGCUAUAGUGGAAAAGGACAUUGCAAUCUCUUGUAAUGUUCUUAUAAAGUUAAGCAUAUUCCUGCCAAAAUCUACUCCAAGUUGCUUAUUUAGAGUGCUUAAAUUUAAAAACAAAACAAAACAAAACACCAAAGGCCUUUCAGUCCCCUCUGACAAUAAUUGCUUAGAAAUUGUGUCUAAAUUAGAGAAGAGUUUUGUUUGUUUACUAAGAGAAACCCCAAAACCACAGCAAUUUUGGCUCCUUUAACUCUACCAAGCAGUCCACUCAACUGAUUGUACAUGAAUGCAAUAAUGAAGAAGUGAAAAAGAUGUGGCUAAGGACUCUAAUCUUUCAUAUAUUGCCACAUGUAAGCAGCAGUCGUUUUUGAAAAUAUGCCGAGUGUAUCACGUGCAAUUAUUUGAAUUAUUCAGAACCUGUCUAAAUAAGGAUUGUUCAGCAAUUCUUAGCAGUCCAUAUCCAGGUUGGAAGAUAUGAUGUCUAAGCAGGCAGUGGAAUUCUUCAGUCAUUCCUUCAUAUUUGUUCAGCGUACCAGUUCUAUACCCGGAGGGAGUCUUAAAACUUCUGAGGGAGUCUUUAUUGUGGGGUUCAAGCCCCACAUUGGGCAAAAGAUUCAUGCAUUGCUCGGGGUUUGACUAAAUGCUUCUCAUGGUCCCUCUAUGAUUUGUAUAAAACAAUUUUAAUAAAAAAUUAAAUAGAGAUUCUCAACCAGGUCCAUAAAUAAUAAAAGAAGCAAAACCACCACCAUCCUGGGCGAUCCUUUUCCCCUCAAUCCAUCCACUUCAUCUGCCUGGAAUUCCUUCCCAAAAGACCUCUAUGGUUGAACCACCUCUUUCUUCAAACCUCAACUCACCUUUCCUUUAGCAGCUAGUCUUCUUCCUGAGCUACGACAAAAAUCUGUUUACCUGUAACUUCCCUGGCUUGCAUUCAUCCCUUGUUAGCCUUGCCAUUCUCAGGCUGCCUGGGCUGUCUCUUAGUGCAAAGACACAUGUCAUCUCGCCUGAGCUUCCACAGCUGCAGCUUGCCAUGAACCACCAUUGAUAUGUUCUGUGCUUAUGAUCAUAUUUUAUUCUCUUUUUGGUUAUGCUGUUUUAAAUGUGCAUUUUAUAUCUCACUUCCUUUAGUAGUGUUUUAGAUUUUUAAAAAAAUGGUUAACAGUGCUGUGUUAAAUGUACAUUCUGCUGUUGACCUCCUUUGUAGUGUUUUAUUUUGAAAUCUUUAGGGUAAUAUUUUCAUUUCCUGUGAAUUGUGUUGCUUUGAAUGCAUACUUUAUACUUGCCUUUCUUCAGCAAUGUUUUAUUCUGAAUUGUUUUAUUUGAUGCUUUAAUGUAGAUUGUAAAAAUAUAAAGCAGUACAGAAAUGAAAUGAAUAAUAACAAUAACAAUUUUUGAUACCUUUGCUCAGAAAAGCUUAACGGGGGCUAUUAUGAACAGCUCUUUAAGUUUUAGUUGAUGUUUAGAAAAUAUCUGUAGUUUCCAUGCAGUGUUGAAUACCUUCUUGCAGGCUUCCAAAUACAUUGUUCUUUGCUUUCCCCCCUUUCGCUCUGAAGAGCAGAGUGACAGUGGACUUGGGAUAAAAAGGCAGCUGGCCUCUGACUCCCAAAGCUACAACCUUGCUUAAUAUUUGAAGAAAUGAAACCAUGGCACUAAUGGACUUUUCUUGUUCUCAUUUCAUGGCUAAAACAUCUCUGGCUUAGAGGCAUCUAACGGGAGAGCCAUUAGUUCUGGUCAGAGAGUUAUGUGGCUUCUCUCAUUCCCCACCCCCACCCCCUUUAACAUAAUACAGUGGUACCUCGGGUUACAUACGCUUCAGGUUACAUACGCUUCAGGUUAAAGACUCCGCUAACCCAGAAAUAUUACCUCGGGUUAAGAACUUUGCUUCAGGAUGAGAACAGAAAUCAUGCUCCAGCAGCGCAGCAACAGCAGGAGGCCCCAUUAGCUAAAGUGGUGCUUCAAGUUAAGAACAGUUUCAGGUUAAGAACGGACCUCUGGAACGAACUAAGUACUUAACCCAAGGUACCACUGUAUCUCUUCCCGUCACUACCAGACUAAAUGAUUAGUUAUGGUCACAGAUCAUUAAUCUUUCAUGGAGAAUAAUUUUUAAAAUCAAAGCAAAUUGUUUUGCAAACUCAAAUAGUUUAAUGGAUACCACUGUCGCCGUUGUAAUUUCACUGGUAUGAAAUGCCUGGUAUCUUAUAUUAUUUUUUAAGACUCUAGUGUUACCUUUAAUUACCCAAAGGUUGAGUCUUGGGAGCUGGUCAUGUCACAGAAUAGCUUGAGGGCACUCACUAGAACCAUCGGUCAAAAUGAAGAUCUAGCCAAGCAGAAACUAAUUUUCAUUAUAAAUAUUUCAAAAUAGUGGGCUGAGGUGUGCUAUCUUGGUAUGUUUUUAAUAGGGCAACCAGCUAUUUGGCAAUGUAGCAAUAACUGGAUAAUUUAACUUUUCACCUAAUAGCAUCACUUAAUAGUUUCUAAUAAUUGUAUACAGAUGGAAAAUGAGUUCCAUAAAUGCUGCUACCUCUGAUGUUGCUGGGAGCCAAUGGAUGAACAAUUCAGCCAUAGAAGGGAAAUGUUCUACACAUUUUUAAUGCUAAUACUAAACAUAUUUCUUCUACAAGAAUCUUCAUUUUUAUGGACAUUUCAGAGCCUGUUUGUAUAUGUCAUGACAGCUGCUGGCCAUUAGUUCCUUGUUAGGUGGAUUGCUCCCUAAUAGUCCAAAAAGAUUGGUUGAUGUCUCAUCAAUGAGAGGUUAGGGGAUGUUCUUGUGAUAGAAGGAGGAUAUCUCAACUAAAGCAUCCAUGACAAAUGACCAUCCAACCUGUGCUUAAAAACCUCCAAGGAAGGAGAGUCCACAGGUUUUUAAGCAGAAGUUGGAUGGCCAUUUGUCAGGGUUCCUCUAUCUAUUAUUCCUGCAGUGCAGGGGAUUAGACGAGAUGAUCCUUUUGUGCAUUAUUUGGAUCAUCCUGUUCUGGUAAGCUUGAUACAAUGGAAGUGGAGCUAGGGAAGCAUUUGUCCAUCGGUAAUUGCCAGAGGAAAUUCUGCAGGGAUCUUGCCAAUUGAACUGGAAUGUAAUGAAAUACAAGAACUGCAAGAACCGUGCAUGAUGGUUCUUAAAACGUAGCUAUGGCUUUAAUGCACUACAUAAGAUACAUUAUAUAGAGAUGUGGGUUUGAACUAUUUUUGAACAAGGGUCACCUGUGUUUUCUUUGCAGCACUUAGAAAUCUUUGUUCAGUAAAGUGGGUCGCAAGGUUUUCCCUCAAUGUAACACUGAAGAUUCUUCCUUCUCUGCCUUCUCUUUCUGGAUGGUUUUGUAAUCUUUCUGUAUGGUUUUGUUAUCUUUCAAGAUGUCCAGCAGAGAGCCUUUAGUUUGCUAAAAGAAAAUUUUUGCUUCUGCGAACAAAUGACUACUGAGAUAGAAUGAAACCAUCUAUACCUUUGCCCUUAGCCAGCAGUUUUAGGUUAGCAAAAUAGUCUUGUUCGGCUGUACCUCCAAAUGUCUGGUAACUGUCAAAUACUCCAUUUUGUAACAAUGGGAAUCUUGUUAAUGGAGAUAUUGACAGGCUUCAACAUUUCCCCCCUGCAAUAUGACUCAUCCAAGUGCUUUUUUUCUUUCUUUUAAUCCACACUGAUAAUAUCAGUAUUAAGUAGAAAUGGCUAAAACCCAUUAAAACUGAAUUAAACAGAAGGAACUAAGACUAAUCUACAGGUAGAAAUAAAAGCCAAGUCAGCCACUGGUCCUGAUAGCUUGCCAGAAUAGGAGAAUCAUCCUUAUGGCUCUCUUAAGAUAUCAUAUACUUACCUGGGAGUAAAUUCCAUGGAACUCAUUGGGAUUGCAUAGGAUUGUGGACUUAAUUGAGAACACUACAGAGACACACUAUGGAUUUGGAUAAAUGGAAGGUUUUGUAACGAGGACAUAGACUUUAAUUUUAUUGAGGCUUACUGAAGCCUGUUUCGAAUGUUGAGGUAACAGAGUUAUUCAGACUUCGGUGUGAAUGUUUUGUCAUAAGCAUUCUGCCAUCAAUGUGCAAUCUUUAACAAAUAAAAUUAGUGUGACUUCCUGUUUCGAGAAGUUUACAAGCAAGAGUUAAUGAUUUCCUAACAAUUUAUUUUGCAAAAUUUAUAUGCCGCUUGAUUGUAAAAAGAACCUCAAAGUGAUUUACAAAGAGAAUGAAACAAUAAAAUAAACAACCUGUAAAAAUAGUUAAAAGCAGCUAUUUAAACCAUCCAAAAUAUAAUUAAAUUCAGUGAUAUGCAAAAGCAAUGCAACAAGUUUGUGGGCUAGAGUGAGAAGAGUUUUAUUCCAGAACUGAUUUAUGAGACAGAGUUUGAAGGGGGAUUGAUUGUAGUAGCAUGAGUUUUGUUUGAAAGAGUUUCCAGGCACAGAUGACACUAUGCAGGAAGACAAGCAAAGUUGAUUGAGGAACUUGUGGGCAUGGACAGUGGGUGUUCCAAGCACGGACUGCGUUUCUAGGGAUGGUAUUCCAGUACAACUUGUCCUUCCCAUAUGACCCAGGCUCUGUUAAAUACCUCAAACCAUCCAAGCUGUUCUCUCCAACCUUCCAGAGCCUUUAGCAAUUGUGCACCUUCAGUCUAAAAGAGAAAAGGCACCUCCGUGACCCAUCCUGUGAGGUGUAUCCCAAAGCAAAAUGUCGAAGAUUGUGUCUGUUCUCCCAUACACACAAGUCUGCUGGUAUGUAAACAGUGCACAGUCGACAUUUUUGCUUAAAAUGAGGUUCACAACAUCAUUUUAACAGGUUGGCUAUUUGCUCUCCAUAUAGCUUCCCCCUCAGGAAACUCCAAGAAAAUCAGGAAACCUCCUGCAUGCAGCUAUCAAUACUUAGCACUAUUCAUUCCUGCACAGCAUGAAAACUGUGGAUUAAUUGGAGAGGGGAUGUUGUGGAUUCUGGAGAUUUCUUUCUUUCUGCUGCACAGCUGGUGUCCAGGGAAGUUGCAGCAUGAAAGCAGCCCUGUCAGUAUCAAUCCUUGUUACUUGGUGCUGUUAUAUUCCAGUCAAUGAAUUGGCCUCAUCUGGUAACUUAACGUGGUUGCAAUGCUGAAUAGGGGUUCUCAGAAUGGCUAAAAGACAAAUAACAGUCCAUAAGAUGAUAACUUCUAAAACUGCUACCUCAUUCAUUUCCUAUCGUUAUCAGUUCCUAUCGUUGCAGCAGUGAUCUGUGUGUUCUCAUGCAUCAUAUUCCUUCCAUUUAAAUGAUAAUAAUUAGCAAAGUGUUGCUGUCUUGAGAGUGAAAAUAUAAAGCUUUUCUUCAGGCCUGGGUAGGAUCUACCCAAGAUCUUUAUUUAAACAUGCCCUGCCUGUCUUUCCCUGUGAGCCUCCAAUUUUGUUUUGUAAAAUAUAUUUUUGUUAUUUAAUUGAGGACCAAUCCCAAAUAAUCAUGCCUUUAAAACCAGUAUAUAUAUAUAUUUAAAACCACAGAGAUCAAGUACACAUAAAUUACUAGUAUUACACUCAUGUUAUUUCCCCAAAACCAAACUCCAUAAACCCAACAUUUUGCUGUAUCAUUGAACUCUGUUGGGACUGUAUGUUUUUCCUUUAAGCAUUAGCUUAUUUCAUGGCCGUAUGCAUUCUACAUGACUGUAACCCCAAAUUUAUUUUGUGAUCAUAUGCCGUAUUCAUGUAGGACAGCAACUAAGAAUUUUGUUGCAUUUCCUCAGAUGCUUCCAGACAGUGGUGUAAUAUUGCAGAAUAGGUAGCUCAGAUAUCACAACCAUGUUGACAACAGUUUUUUUUUAAAUGACUUUUUGGCUCCCCCCCCCAGAGUAAAUCAGGAUUAAAUGAGAGUAAAAACAACAACGACAGGCUGUUGUUUUGAUAUCAUCAGCAGUUUCCUCAUGGACAUCAGAUGAGAACAGGGCUUAAGGGGACCAGUUUCUAAAUUGCCACCUGAUCUAUAGGUCUCUAUUCCAGCAAAGUAAUUCUUAAUUCUUAAUUCCAAAUGAGGUUUGUAAAUAGCCAGUAAAAUUAGCAGGCAAAGAAGAAUUGGCCCUUUUUUGUUUAUUUUUCUCUCUAAGUUAUUUGUGUACUAGAAAUGACUAACAUAAGAAUGAAUGAGCAAGUAGGUUAGUAAAUUUUGAGAACAUGUUUGAAAGACCUUUUAAUAGAAAAACUUUAGAAGUUAAGUUUUUUAAAACUAAUAAACCAAGAUCUCACACGCAGUUGCCAAUUUAAUAAUGCUGGCAGUAAUUUGUCCUUGUUGGGGGGGGGGGAGGAACAGUCUGACCGAAGGCUACUCAUGAGUCACAAAGCUUUCUGAACUCCACCCAAUAUGACACAGUUAUCCCUGCUUAUUUGAUGGGGGCCAUGCAGGCAAUAUGUUUCAUCCUUUGUGAGUUCAGAAUCUGACAACUGUUCUGUGCUUCACUAUGACAUGAAGCAAGACAUGACUAGACUUAUACGUCCUAAGGACAAUGAGGUACAUUUUGGCCCCUUCCACGGCCCACUGCUAAUAAUUUUUGUUUUUCAAAUUAAGCAGUGUCUUGCACAAUCCCACCAACCUACCCUUGCACACACGCAACAUAAGGAGGAGCAGAGGAUUUUGUUAUGAGAACUGUUGGGAGACUAAUAUUUUUGGUGGGCUUGACUUUGCCAAGACAUUAAGAUUUAUGAUUUGGCUCUGCUGUUUAAAGCAUUUUGGACUGAAGGCACUCAAGGCAAUUAUUAAACAGUCAUUUCCUUCUGUGUGUAAUGAAACCCCUCCCAAUAAGCAAAACAAUGGUUUCUGGCGUCAUCCACUAGAUUGUCUCCAUUAUUUGGCAAAAUGUAACUUAAUUUGUUGCUCUUUCCAACUGCUGAUUAGAAGCAUGGAACCUGAUCUUCUGCUCAGUAUAAAUAUAGCAGAUUUUGUGGGUGCUCCAGGGGCCUGGCAAGAGAGAGUUGAAGUCUGUUGAAUAAGAAAUCCUAGUUUCAUGAACGUCUCAUCAGUGGCAAGAGAAAUUUCAACAAGAUGACUAAGUUCUGUCCCUGCCACCAUGCAGCCCUAACAGCCCCACUUCUGCAAAGGAGACCAUGGCUUAGCAAGGAAAAGCACUGCCACCUUUGCUUCCAUCAGCCUGAGCCCAUGUGCAGCCUACACAAAUAGAUUCUGUACAAUUGCAAUUGUACUGUCACCUAGGAGGAGACAGGGAGAGAAGAGAGAGACACUACGUAUGUGUAGGGGAAGGAUUGCAUCCCAUAGUUGCACAUAAAACUGCUAGCACAUUUGCAAAGCUAAGCAGGGUCCAGUGCGGUUUCAAGCUGGAUGGGAGACCGCAUGUUGAGAUCCCUCCAUUUCAGGCAGUUGGACUAAGUGACUAGAUGACCCUUCCAACGCUACAACUCUAGGAUUCUAUGCUAAGAGGGGCUACUGCUGGAUCAGACCAAAAGUUCAUCUAGUCCAGCAUCCUGUGCCCAUUGUGGCCAACCCAAUACCUAUAGAAAGGCCACAGGCAUGACGUGAUCACAACUACACUCCCUUGAUCAUGCUCCCCAGGAUUCAGAAACCUGCUACCUUUGAUACUUGAGGCAAUAGGUAGACAUUAUGACCAGUAGCUGUUGAUAACUUAUCCUCUGUGAGUGUAUCUAAUUUCUUUUUAAUGUCGUACAAAUUGGUGGCCAUCACCACACUGAAUGAGAACAAAUUUCAAGCACCGCAUGAUAGAACUACUUCCUUUGGUUCUGAAUUGCUCCAUCCAACCAGCUUCAAACAAUGGCCCUGAUCUCCAAUAUUUUGGGAGGGGAAGACAUAUUUACUAGUAUUGCUCCACAGAUUCAGAAAUCUGCGUGAGCUUCUACAUGACCUUUUUAAUUGACUAGUCAUUUUGAUUUAUUUGCAGGGAGGUUAGAUGGUGUCAUGGGCGUACCCAGGAUUUUUGUUUGGGGGGGCAGGCUUUUGUUGGGGGGCAGAACCUAAGAUUUGUAUUGAUUUUUACUGAUUGGGGGAGCAGCUGCCCCCUGCCUCCCCUUGGCUACGCCAUGUAGCUCCCUAAAUUACUGCCAUCAUUGGUACCCUGCUAUGCACUGAUAUAAAGCAGUUACCUGCAGCAUUGUGGCCCAGAAAUUCCAUAGUUGUUCACAUUGGCUUUUGACAGCAGAAGAGAAUGGUAAAAACAUUGCAUUUGCUUUUCUUGAAAUAUCCUCGGUCCAGUAUACCUGAAGGAGCAUCUACACCAUGGGUAGGCAAACUAAGGCCCGGGGGCUGGAUCCAGCCCAAUCACCUUCUAAAUCCGGCCUGCGAACGUUCCGGGAAACAGCGUGUUUUUACAUGAGUAGAAUGUGUCCUUUUAUUUAAAAUGCAUCUCUGGGUUAUUUAAAAUGCAUCUCUGGGUUAUUUGUGGGGCCUGUGGUGUUGAAAUGGAGGAAACUGGCAAAGGAGUUGAUUUUAUAUGAUUGUUAAAGCUAGGUAACUUCCCUGAGCUGUCAAGUCGAAAGGACACAUUUAUGCAUAAUAUUUGUAACAUUUAACAACUUUCAAGAUGUCCCCUCCCCCGUAAUUUCCGUAACAAUUAUCCAUGCCUCCUAUAUGACUGGCCUGCUUUACAGAGCAAACCUAAGCCCAUGAAUUUAGAAGCAAGUCCCUUCAUUUUUUUAUCAGACUUGUGAAGGAACGAGUCUAACUCAUGUCCUAUAUAUUGGGGCAACUGGAGGCAAAUUGAGCCCCCCGCUCCUUAGAAACUUCUUGUCACUUUGGGAAAGGAAGUGUGUGUGUGUGUCUGCCCUAUAAUGCUUUCUUCCUUUUAGCAUCGGUUUCUGUCAGUUCAGUCUGCAUUACAUUUCCAUUCGGUCAGGCUCAGCUGAGGCAGUGGCACAAAAUAAUCCAGCAUGUCUCUGCAUUUGGAGCUUGGGUGAGAGAUAACUGUCUGUGGCUUAAUUGAGGCAAGAACGAGAUAACGGUUGGUGUGUUGGAGGAAUCUGCUAAGAGAGGUAAAGAGCAAAAUUCAUAUUGGCAGCUCUGAUGGAGGGAAAUGCACAAAGGCUUGGAAUGGAGUGUUAAUAUUCUUAGCAGCAGGGGGUGUUCACAUCAUUAUCCAUCGAGACCACCUCUUUUUCUUCACAGGGCAUUUAUUAUUUCUGCCAGCAGAGAAAUGCAUUUAAACUGCCUGCACCUUCCCAAACAACUGCAUCCCCACACUGUGAAAUCCUGUAACACUUGCUAAUGCGAGUUCUCUUAAAGCUAUAUUAUUAUGAAAAAAAAUGCAAUUCAAAAGAGGCAGUGGAGUUUGAAAGCACAUUUCAGCCCUUCCUCCCCCCCCCUUACUGUACCAGAAAAUGACAGAUAAUUUAAAGGAAGAAAAUUGCAAUUAAUUUUUGCCAUACAUGUUUUAUUGAGCCUGUGUAAUGGAGGGAUUUAAGAUGCCAGUUCUGCUUCCAGUUGUUGUUUUUAACCAAAGCAACUUACAACCAAAGCGUUACCAUUUAAUUCACUGUUGAGAUGCAAUUCCUCCCCCUGUAAAAUUAAAAUGAAAUGAUUUGACCUCAAUGAAGACAACCCCACAGGGCACCGGGUUGGGAAAUGCUUGCCUACCCCUUUCUUAUGUUGAAAUAUUCCUAAUUGGUUUACUUGGGGCUGCAAGGUGAGCUUCACUAUUAGCUGUAGUAAGUUUUGUCUGUUUAAAAGAGAAUUUUAGUAUUGUGAUUUCUAGGGGGAAAGGACAUUUAUCAUACUUGUUGGGUUUUGGCAUUUGCUUUCAUCAUAGCUUGUGUAGGAGCUGAGGGACAAAAGGUGAGAAUUUCAAAAGCAGAGCUGGAACCUAAAUAUUUUGCUCUGUGUGGAGUUGCUUACCAAGUAUUCAUGGAAGGUCCUUACUCAUGUCCUUCCUUAGAAUUGGUGCCCAUCCUUUUUUUUGGAGAGGGGGAAAGAGGCACUAAGAGAGGAUGCAGCUACCGUGACUCCCAUGUCGCUGGUCCCUUUCAUCUCUCUCUUUCUCUCCGCUGUGGAGAAGCAAGACUCUGAUGUAGUCCCAGAGCAGAUGGUCAAGAAAAGUGGGCGAAGAGCACACAGUGACUGCAUUCCUUCUUGCGUCUUAGAGCUUUUAAUGUGUCAAGUGUGGGGGAUAUGAAUGAGCACCAGCAGUCCUCUUUGAGCUUCACCUUAUUUAUCUUUGGGGCAUCUCAGAUCUUUUGUUGUUGUUGUUGUUGUUCAUUAUCUUUUUUUUUUAUAAGAUAUUUAUUAGGGUUUUCAAAAUAUUACAAAAUAGAAAAGGAAAAAAGAAAAGUACAAAAUAAAAAUAGUUAAAAACAAUUCAGUCUUUCAAUCACUUAUCUUUCAUUUGCUUGUUUCCCGGACCUCCUCAUACCUCCCUUUUUUGUAUUCCAGUUCAGUUUGUUGGUUCAGCAAAUCCUUGCCCUCUUUAUUUGUCCUAAUCUUUGGUCUUAAAAUAUUAACGUUACAUUUUUACCUCUUAACAACCCAUUUUUCAUAUUCCCUUAAAGCAUUACAGCUGGAAACCACUUAAUUUCUAUCCAACAUCAUUCUAACAUUCAUUAAUUUUACAAUAUUUCUGUAGAUAGUCUUUGAACUUCUUCCAAUCUUCUUCCACCGACUCUUCUCCCUGGUCUCGGAUUCUGCCAGUCAUUUCUGCCAGUUCCAUAUAGUCCAUCAACUUCAUCUGCCAUUCUUCCAGAGUGGGUAGAUCUUGUGUCUUCCGUUGUUGUUCAUUAUCCACUGGGCCACUCUAUUCUAGACCUUGCUUUAGACAGAUACUGCUGAAAACCUUAAAGCAGGAACGAUAGCCUUCCUAAAGUGGUGUGGAAACAGCAGUCCUACUUGAGCUUCAACGCUGCCAAGCAUUGCAAAGAAUCUCGCAUUUCCUGAUGGUUGAAAUAAAGUUCAGGUGUUUCCAAAAGCAAUGGUGAAACUACUAAGGAAGCCAUAGGUAUGAUGCAUAAACAUAAUUUGUUGUUGUUGUUUAGUUGUUUAGUUGUGUCCGACUCUUCGUGACCCCAUGGACCAGAGCACACCAGGCACUUCUGUCUUCUACUGCCCCCUGCAGUUUGGUCAAACUCAUCCUGGUAGCUUCAAGAACACUAUCCAACCAUCUCGUCCUCUGUCGUCUCCUUCUCCUUGUGCCCUCCAUCUUUCCCAGCAUCAGGGUCUUUACCAGGGAGUCUUCUCUUCUCAUGAGAUGGCCAAAGUAUUGGAGCCUCAGCUUCAGGAUCUGUCCUUCCAGUGAGCACUCAGGGCUGAUUUCCUUCAGAAUGGAUAGGUUUGAUCUUCUUGCAGUCCAUGGGACUCUCAAGAGUCUCCUCCAGCACCAUAAUUCAAAAGCAUCAAUUCUUCUUAUAAACAUAAUUACAAAGCAAUAAUUGCUUUGCUAGGCUUUUAGAAAUCUUAGAAAUGAGGGACAAUGGUGGUGCCGUGUCUUAGACACACAUUGGCCAUGAUGUAAUAAGCCCAAAUGUGCACAAACUUCAGGUACCCACUGCAUAUAGAUGCUUCCUUUGCACAAAUAGCAAAACAAGUUGGGAGACCACAGUUAACUAUAGCUUCCCACUGUAUCUGAACUGGGAAACUAUAGUUCAUGGCUUCUACACAAGCCAAUGCAUGAAGCAAUGGUUUCAGAUUGUCGUUUGGAAGCCAUCCACUUUUGUUUCUAGUUUGGAGGUAAUGGGAAGCCGGGGGGGGGGGGGGAAUGCAGCUUCUGGUUUGUUUUGCCACUCCUGUAGAGGGAGGAGAGAAGUGGAUACGUUUGGGCACCUGAAACUCAUGAAUACUUAGGUGUUUUAUUCUGAGACUCUGGAAUGCAACCAGUGUGAAGCAGCAAACAAUCGCUCAACAUGAGAUAGUGAAUUCUAAAGACAAAAGAGUGCAAGUUUUCACCUGUAUGAGAUAAGUUGUCCUUAGUGUUUCAGUGUAUCUAAACGCCCAAACAUUAGUAAGUGACAGAGUUUAUUUCCCUGCUGCUGUUAAAGGCACCAAAGCAGACCAGCCCCCAGCCCCCCCUCAUUCUCUAGUUUCUAGUUGGCAACUAUAAGGGUUUGGGAAAAGAAUACAGUAUUUCUUUAAAAUGACUAUUUUUAUUGAGUUAUCAGUUAUCAUUUUAUUUAUUUCAUUUCAUCUAUGAAUCCCUUCCCAUGAAACAUCUGGAAGCAAUUAACAAUAAAAACAUUUAUAAAAAGAAUUUCAAAUCCAGUACAAACAGGGGCUGGAAAAAUAAUGACAAAAACAAAAUAAGCAGCACAAACAGUAAACAUACAGUGAAGACUGGAGUAUCAAGUACAUCAAUAUCCUUUGACUUCUUGCAUAGGUACAAAAGGUGUCAAUGCAGAAUAGAAUCCUUCAAAUGAACCAGAAAAAGUCAAUAAAAAUAUUAGGUGUAUAGCUUAGUUUCCAAAGUGUUCUGCUAGCGCAAUCCUAUUAAAAGUCUGAGAUCUAUAAAGAGGCAACCUUUAGCCAGUAACUUAAUAGCACAGGGUUUAUCAGUCAAGAUACUGGUUUUGUACUGUGUUGGUGCUAUACGCAUGCAAACUGUUUUCAUGGUUGACGUUGCAUCACUUAGGCCUUUGGGCUAUAUUGAAGUCAAGUUAUCUGCAUUGUUCUUGUUAUCUGCUGUAUUGGCAUAAGUACUUCUAAACUCCUGAUUUUAUCUAAUGUUCAAUGGCUAAUGGUUUUAUGGAUUGUGGGCAUCUGUCUGUCUCAAGAGACAAUGGAGUGUGCCUCCAAGGUGAAGUCAAACUGCUGCAUUAGCAGCCCUGAAGUGACCUCCCUAAAGCAAGCAAGGACAGUGUGUAUGGAGGUCCUGGGCUGCCAUGACGACAAGACCUCCUCUUAGUCUUGCUGAUGUGGGACCAAAGAAAAGCAGAGUAAUACAUUUGGCACCAGCUUGGCUGCAGAAGUUGCCAGAAGGAGGCGUACAACAUUCCCUCCAACUCUCUUAAGAGACUUCACUCUGGAUACGUGAUGGGUUUUUCUUAGCCCUUUCUUCUCCUGAAGAUAUCUUGCAAGGCAGUGGAGGUCCUAGAUGGACUAGCUUUCAGGGUUGACAAGCCCCAUCUGCCCCUCACUUCCCUCUACAGCAUGGGCAGAAACCGCCUUCUUGACCCUUGGACCCACUAUUGGUUUCAUCUGCUCAAUCUGCCAGAGCCUGUCUUUGCCUACAGGGGAAGUCCCUAACUCACUGAAGGUUUGAGACCCAUCAGCUACCCUCAUGUGAUUUAGCAGGCCAAUGGAAACUAUUCCCGGGGUGUUACUUCUGAUGCAUGCUGACAGCUUCUAGGAGCCACAGGUGAGAGCUGAGUGCACGGUGGGGACCAAAGGUAGACAAACUACUCCAGAAGGGGCACAACAUGUCUCCCACCCCUCCCUUUAACACCCCAUAUUUUUAUUGUUUUGCUGUUGUAUUGUGAACCACGCUGUGAUCCCAAUUUGAGUUGGUUAACAAAUGAAUCAUAUAAAUGCAUGACCAAAUAAAAUCGUCUGAGCAACUUUGCCCCACCCUUUUGCCCUUUUUAAAAUAAUUGGGAAAUGUGUAAAAUGGAAAUAUUGAUUAAUCUUUGCCUUCAUUUUGAGCGGUUUUUGGAAAGGUCCACAAGAGUGGAAAUUUUCUUCUUCUGUUGGAAAAUCUUUUACAAAUUUUAAGCUGCAAUCCUAUCCACACAUACUUGGGGAUCACUCUUACUGAAAAAAGUUAGAUGUACACCUGAAAAAAACAGGCAAAGUGUAAGGCUGCAGUCUUGUGUACAUUUCCCUGGAAGUAAGUGCCACUGAAUUUAGAAGGACAUGAACCAAUUUGAGUGGAAAAGAAUAGGGCACAUAGAAAGGUGGGAGUGGAAGACUUGCUGCUGAUUUAAUCCACCUUUUUUAUUUGGCGAUGUUUUGACAGAGGGUUGUGUCUCAGAUAUCCUUCCUCCUGAAGUGACUACUUUUCUCCAUUGCUGCCCAAAUGGAAACUCCACAGCAGGAAAAAGAAGAAAUCCUCUUUAAUAUUUGUCUAGGACCAAAACUUCUGUGAAAGAUGUAAUAUUAUUCUUGAGUGCUUGCAAUUCUCCCUGCAUUCAGUAAUCCCUUUUAACAGCAUUGUUUUCUAACAAUAUUUUUUUAAAUGUGCAAUCCUGUGCAUGUUUACUCAAAAGUAAGCUCCACUUACUAGAUAAUUGUGCAUGGCAUUGAGCUAGCUAGAAUAGUAAGAUUAUUUUGCAUUGCCCGUCCUCUGCCUUAAAAACAUUCUAUGGAACAAGAAACCAAAAAAUUCCCCAGGCAAAUAAUACCAUCUCCUUAGCAUAAAGCCAGUCUGAUGUAGCAGAUGGAAUCUUAGACUAGGGAUACGAGCUCUGAAAUCUGGUGGGGGAGCUUUGGCCAAUCAUUUGCUGCCUCAGUUUCUUAGCUGUAAGAAUUGUGAUUCUUCUAAUCUACUACACACAGCAGUGACUGUGACUAAGAUAGUGUGUUUGGCAUUUUAAAAAUAUAUACACCACCUUACAUCCAUACAUGGAUCACAGGGUGAUGUAAAAAAAAAAAAAAAGUAAAAUUAUAAAACAUAAUCAACAAUAAAUUUAAGAGAAAUAAAACUAUUCAGCCCUCCAAAACUACCAGUAACUAGAAUAAUGGCAGGUUUAUUUCUUCUUCUUUGGCGAUCACUCGUAGCUGAGUAAGAUUGUCUUCCAUAAACACGGUUUUAACAAUGUAAGUGACUGUGGAGGCCAAUUCUGGAUCCACGUCCUUCCACAGUGGGGACAUUGGCUUCUGGGCGGGAGUUGGUCACAGUGUGGAUUUGUGAAGCGUGCCUUCCUCUUAGCAUGUUUCUUCCUUGCGUCCUGAGUUCGAGUCUCUUCAAUGCCCAUGACACCUUUGGUAAAGGCUAUUCUCCAACUGGAGCGCUCGCAGGCCAGUGUUUCCCAGUUGUCAGUGUUUAUACUACCUUUUUUUAGAUUUGCCUUGAGACAGUCUUUAAACCUCUUUUGUUGACCACCAGCAUUAUGCUUUCCAUUUGUAAGUUCGGAAUUGAGUAGUUGCUUUGGAAGACGAUCAUCAGGCAUCUGCACAACAUGACCAGUCCAACGAAGUUGAUGUUGAAGAAUCUUUGCUUCAACACUGGUGAUCAUUGCUUCAUCCAGUACACUGAUAUUAGUUCACCUGUCUUCCCAAGUGAUGUGUAAAAAUUUUCGGAGACACCGUUGAUGGAAUCCUUCAAGGAGUUGGAGAUGGCGUUUAUAAGUGGUCCAUGUUUCACAAGCAUAUAGUAAGGCUGGUGGUACAAUAGCUUUGUAAACAAGCGUUUUGGUUUCCCUGCGAAUGUCCCGGUCCUCAAACACUCUGCACUUCAAUUGGGAGAAAGCCGCUCUCACAGAACUCGGGUGAUGCUGGAUUUUGGCAUCAAUGUUGGCCCUUGUGGAAAGAUAACUGUCCUAGGUAGGAGAAGUGAUUGACAUUUUCCAAUGUUACACCAUUAAGUUGGAUUUGUGGCGCCGCAGAGGGGUUAUUUUGUAUGUGUUGGUGCAGCACUCUGGUUUUUUGGAUGUUGCAUGAUAGGCCAAGCUUUUCGUAAGCUUCUGCAAAGGAUGGUUUGGAUCCUCUGAGGAUCCUCUGAGCGUGUGCACACUACUUUGUCAUCAGCAUACUGAAGGUCUAUGAUGGACAUUAUGGUAACCUUACUCUUUGCUUUCAGCCUGCUCAGAUUGAAGAGCUUUCCAUCUGUUCGAUAUAUGAUUUCUACUCCUGUGGGGAGUUUCCCUUCGACAAUGGCAGGUAAAAUGGUUUUAACCUAGUAAAAUGGUUUCAACACAUCAUCAGCAUCAGAUGUACCUCCUUCUAGAGGCCACCACAGAGAGGGCCCUUUCUUAAGUUUGUAUAUAAUGCACUUCUAAAGAUAAUAGAAGGAACUUACACUGGAACUUUCUAUUUAUUUAUUUUUUGCAAUUAGUGAACUUCUUAUAGGUGGUGGUGGUGAAAUGUAACCGCAGCAUUUGAAAUUUGAUAUCACUUAUUAAGCCAAGUUCAUGGCAGAUUAUUUUUGGACAUUAGUGUGAUGUCUAGAGUGGAUAUCCUUUUUCACCACUACCAUUUCCUGUUCUGUCACCUGUAGUGACUAUUGUUGCUGGAUUGUACAUCCAUGUGGUUAUGUGGCAGAAGAAUAUGACAGGGUUGUGGUUUUUCUGCCUUUCAACCAGCUUCGGAGGUAAGACAGAAGUCACCAACCACACAAAACGGAGGGGUAGCUACUUCUGAAACAGAAAGAGCAAAGUUUUCUCCCCGCCCCCGCUGAACCUUUAAUAAAAUCGUUUCAAAGGACACAUCUUAAUAGCAUCUUCGUGUUAUCCUUCCUUAACAUCCAUCCCCAAGUCUGGUGAACUUUCUGGGGGCUUUUUGUUCUCGCCGGGCUAGGCCCCGGGAGAGACCUAGAGAACCCUUUCUGGAGUUGGGGGAACCCGCCUGGUCCUCUUUCCACUUGUUAAUUCCAAGCCCCCUUCCUCCGCCUUGCCCCCCACCGCUCUGCGAGACUUGACACCAAUUGCUGCUGAAUAGCAGAGGAAGGCGGGAGGAGGAGGCGGCGACGGAGGGAGGUGGGUAUCAUGUGAUCCGCUUUCCUGCGCCUUUAAAGCAGCCACAUGCAGCCGAGCGCCGGCCACAAUCACAGCUCCCGGCAGAGCGGGAUUCGGAUCCGGACUUGCCCGGGCAAUCAGUGCCGAGGCGGCCGCCGCUCUCCCUCCCCAUCCCUGACAGCCUUAACUUUUGCCGCAGUAGCUUGUGCAAAGGGAGCAAGCUGCAAAAAAUGGCAGGGGCAAUUAUCGAGAACAUGAGCACUAAGAAGCUGUGCAUUGUUGGCGUGAUCUUGCUGAUUUUCCAAAUCAUCGCCUUUCUGGUGGGAGGUCUGAUCGGUAAGUGCGUCGCAGGGGCAAACUUUAUCCUUCUUUUCCUUCGCCUUUCUCUCUCUUUCUUUCUCUUUCUGGCUUCUCUCUUCCCUGUUUUCGAGACUUUGCUUCUGUGAUCUAAUUAGCCCGGCUAUUGUAGUUAAGAAAACACCGCGCCACGGGCCUCUUUGUGCCCCCUGCACUCGAGUGGCUGCAAAGGAAGGAGAAAGAAGGGAGGGAAGGAAGGAGGGAGGGAGGGGCGCGCGCACAGGCUCGGGGCAGAAAAAAGUUUGUUCGGGGUGUGUGUGUGUGUUUGGGUGUGUGUGUUUCGGCCUCGCUUGCAGGAUCUGCUCCAAGGAAGCGAGUGGAAAGGCGAAACCUUUUAAGCAUGGCGACUUGGUUUCUUCAAGAAAGCCGGCGGGGCGGGGGGGGGAGAUUGUGUGAAACGCGAAGUUGAUAUUCCCUAUUACUUCAGCCUCGUCCCGACGAUCUCCCUCCCUUCCCCUUCCUCUCCGACUGGGCUGCAGGGAGAGAGCUAAUCUCUUUCAAUUGCAAUGAGAAGAGGAGCUGCUAGAGCCCACGAAAGGAAUGUUUGCGCAUUGUGCCUCCUUGACGGGGAUCUGCCUUUCUCUUGUGUUUCUUUCUUUCUCGAGCCAGGCUUACAUUUGCUUAGGCAGUCUCUAAGUUUGGAUUUAAAGCUGUAAGGGGGGGGGGUAAGGACGCUCCCUCGGGAGAAGAAGGAAGUGACACCCCACACACAUACAAACACGGAGGGUGAAGGGUUAUUAUUAUUUGCGCACACUCCCUUCGAUUCUUUGCUCCUGUCUCGAUGGAGGCAACUUAACCACUUACCUGAGAUCUUGCUGGGGGGGGGGGCGCACAUUUCUUUAAACAUAUUGGGUGGACAAAAGGUUUUUUUUUUUGUUUCCCACCCUCCUCGCGCCCUCCUUCCGGGCGAAGUAAAAGUUGUGCUGCAUGGAUGCACAGUUCAACUGUCUCCCUCGUAACCCUCCCAUUUCUGGGAUAUAGGAAGAUUGGCUUCAGCCAGGGAUUCCCACAAAAAUCUUCCCUCUGUUGUCUUUGACUGUCUGAAACUUAUGGGGUUGCUGCUCUCCCAAGUCGAAAUUCCUACGUUUACAGAUAACUAAAUGGUAGGAACUGAGGAAAUGCUUAAUUCAACAAGCUGUGUUAAAAACAACUUGGGGGCAUGAAAUGGCAAACAAAAGUGGAAAGCAUGUUGCAUUCUAUUUGAGGGCUUUUUCUUUUCAGAUCCCCAGCCUGGGUGCUAAUCCUUGUUUCUAGCUCAGACAGGUACUCACUAUUUUUUAUUAUCUAUCGGUGCCCCCAAACUUGCACCUUUAUUCUGACAUCUGUCGCACAGUACAGGGAAAUGAUAUGGUGAAUAGUCUAGUAACCCAGUGCCCUUGCUUUGCUUCGCAAAUAAAUAAUUCUGUUUAGGGCUUGCUUGUUUUUCUUUUGUUUUUUGUUUUAAAUUAAGAAGCACAAUACAAAUUGCUUGUUACCUGCACACACUGUAUCUGUCUUAAGAUGCAGAAGAAAAAAACCCCUUUCCGGGCAAAUCUGCUUAUGUCUUAAGAAAAAUGAAUAUGGAGUGACCUUUAUGGGAAAUGUUAGUGGAGCAAAUGCUUAGAGGGAGAGAGACUACUUAAAAUCUUGCUCUCCUUCGAGUGUGCUCAGCACUCGAAAACUCUUGCUCCAGGCAGUUUCUUAAGCAGUGAUGUAACCUUUAAUUGUUCUGGCUCUGGAGCAAGCAUACCCCAAAUCCUUUGUUUUAAUUCUCAGUUUUAAGGUUCAUCUCAUAGCAUGAAGGCUUUCCCCAAUGCGAGUCUGCAAGACACCACUAAUGGGUUGUUACAGGCAAAUCUGAGGAAUGUUGGAACAAACUUCACAGAGGUUUUUAUUUCGAGGAUCAUGCCAGUUGGUUAUCCCACCUCAUCUUAACCACAUCAUGUGCUGGGGUUAUAUUUUUAUUUUUGAAAGUUGAUUUAGUGUGUCCUAAUGCACAGUGCUUGCUUAAAAUGUCUUCCACCUUCAAGUUCUGAAAGCCUGGAAAAUAUUUUAAGGCACCAUGAUAGAACAUUUAGAUGAGGGUAAGAGACCUGUGGCCCUCCAGAAGUUGCUGUACUCCAGAUGUUGAAUGCCCAUAUGCCCCAACAACCAUGGUCAGUAGCCAGGGGUGAUGGGAGUUGUAGUCAAGUAAUAUCUGGAGGGCCACAGAUUGCUUUAGAUCAUGGCCAAACUUGGCCCUCCAGCUGGUCCUGUUAGCUAGGGAUGAUGGGAGUUGUAGUCCCAAAACAGCUGGAGGACCAAGAUUGGCCAUACCUGCUUUAAAUCAAAUUGUAGAAUAGCGGCUACAUGAUUUUGCUGUUGUAUGCCAUUAUGUAACUCAGGUUUUCUGGUUCGGUAUGUUUGAGCCAUGAAUACAUCCUUCAGAAGUAUAGCUUCCAAUUCAAAUACAAGACUGUGGAAUACUUUUGAAUACUAAAUUUCCAGAUAAAAUUCUGCCUGCUGUUACGUUGGAGGUUUGGGGUUGUUGUUGUUUUACUACUGAAUGACGCUUGUGUUCAGGGAGGUUUCAAACCACAAGUUACUGGUUUGGACAUCAUGGUAAACUGUAGUUUUGCAAACUUGGAAGUUUUGUUUUACAGAGGGUAUAUAAGGAGGGACGGGAGUUUGCACAUUCCGAAUCCAACAAAAUAUGGUUAGUUCAAUGAGGAGUGUGAUUUCUGAUCCCAGUCUAUGUGAGGAUACUUAAGAUUGUGGCUUAAUGAAUUCAUAGUGGUAACCUUGCACUUCAGUCCCCUAAUAGUAAUUUCCAUUCAUCAUUUUUUCAGUCAACUGGUAAUGGUUUAUAGUGUGUUGGCAAUCUCCCAUAGAAGAUCCAUGUUCGUGACAAAAUCCUAGAUAGCUCAGCUGGUUACAGCAUGGUGUUGAGAAUGCCAAGGUUGCAGGUUCGAUUCCCCAUAUGGAACAGCUGCAUAUUCCUGUAUUUCGGGGUUGGACUGGAUGAUCCUCAGGAUCCCUUCCCAUUCUACAUUUCUGUGAUUCUCAUGGCCAAGGGUGAACUCUUGAAUGAAGUGGGACUGGCUUGUUCUUUGAUCCUUAAAAGAAAGUCCCUAGAAGUUAACAAGGUUUACCUUGGUCAACACUUAUCAAGUUCUGUGCUUCAUGGAUGACCCUAUAUCAGAUUGCCUAUCUUUAUUCAAGAUUAGUUUUGCUUAUUUUAUUCUGUCAUGCAGUUUUAAACACUGAGAUCCCUUGCCACAUCUGUGGCUAGGGCUGCUCUGCUGAAUAGGUACAUGCUGUACUCAGGGUAUGAAUGCUGCAUGGGGGCCCUUCUGUUUGAAAAUAUUCAGCCUGCAGUCUUAGCAUAGAUUCUUGAGAUAGGAAAUAGACAAGAAAGGUCAUGUCUACUCCCUUCUUCAGUGAAUAUCUGUUAAUUGCAGCUGAAUGGGAAAAUGCACUGGAAAAUGAAACUACUUGGCACAAAUCUGUUUGUUUUUAAGAGUGGUGAAGAAUAGAUAAUAAGGACUUGAGGGGGCAUACUUCAGAUCCUACCAAAACUGCCUUGCCUUGCCUUUAUCUCUUGUAAUGGCAUAACGUACAGUAAACGGCUUUAUAGCUAUAAUAGUGUCUUUGCUUAGUUUUAUGUGAUACAACACUCCACUGUAGUUCUUUCCAGAUACUAGGAAGGAUUGUCAGAGCUAUUACUAGAGGCCAAAGUAAAAUGUUACUGCUGGUUUCUUUCUCAAUAACCCCCCUCACCUUCUGAAGCUGUUAGUGAAUCUGAUUUGGGAGUCUGAUGGGUUUGGUAUAUAGAAGAUCCCGAUUAAAAGCCCAUCACAAAGUCGCUCUUUUGUAGCUUAACCUCUUAUCAUGGGAGUGGUUGAGAAGAUAAAACAAGACUAAAAGUGCUAUGAUAGUGUCAGAAACCCUAAUCUCAUUUUAAAAAUGAAGAUUUUCCCCUGCUUUAAGGAUCUUGGCGUGUUUGGGAAGGGAAAUGGUUUCUCCUCCAGCGAAGAAGGCUUCUGUUUUGCCUGAAGCUAAAAUUCAAACUCUUUCUGUAAGCUAGGAAUGCUUCCCUUGAGAUGAAAAGGCUCUGUGCACAUACCAAGGAUACUUUAGUAUUCCUUCAGGCAUGUAUGUGGUAGAUGCAGAGUUAUGUCUAGGGGGGACAGGCUAGUCUAAAUAAACUGUUUUAUGAGGUACCAGUAGUUACCUGAGGAUUAAACACUGUAGAAUUGAAAUGUUUCAGCUUGAAAGACACUGUUUUUCCUCUCAGAGCUGUGCUCUCGCCUCUGCUGUGAAUAAUGUUGGGUCAUCACUGCUAUUUAGACUUGUGUUGUGAGAGAUUUAAUAGUCUGGCUGAAGGAGCAGGAAAUGUGUUUUUAUCCAGAGUAAAAAUCAACAAAAGGAGGGCUUGGACGAGGCCCAGGUAUGCAAUGCUGCAAUUAGCAAAUGUUUCGUGUGUGUGUGUGUGUGUGUGUGUGUGUGUUUUGAAUUGGCUUGGAGGGUCACAGUGAAAAUAUGCUACAGAAUUCAAACUGCUGUAGUCAUUGGCUCCUUCAAGAAGUAUAUAGUAGUAAACUUGCUAUCUAAUCCUACUUAAUGCUCUCCUCAUGGAGAUUUCUUUGGCACCUUCAUUGUACACCUUUAGGUGCCAGGCAAAAACUGUUCCUUUUCAACCAGGCCUUUGGCUGAUUGACAUCUAAUGCCCUUUUAAAUGUGUUGUGGGAGGGGAGAUUAUUGGUUUGUUGUUGUUUUUAUUCUUGUUAUUUUGUGAACGGCCCUGAGUUCUACAGAUGAAGGGCAGUAUACAAAUGUAAUUCUUAGCAGCAGCAACAACAGCAAUUUAUGACAUCAUUCAUGGUCAACAGUGCUUCUUUGGAAAAUUUUCAAAAUCCACUUGGUCACAAUGAUUUCUCUGGAGAAACAACCUUGCCUUGUGCUUCUGGUUGGGGGCAGCAUGUUCUAGGAGAAAAGGGUGUGGAAAAUUGCUGCCUUUUGAUACUUUUAUAGGAAAGGCACAAACAUGGGGAAAUAACUGAACUAUGGCAGCACUGGUUGAGAAUUGGGGGAGAGAGACUGCAGAAAAAAUCCUAUUGCUGAAUCCAGUAAAAAGUAAGUAGGCCACUCUCCCUUAAGUUCAGUGUACCUUAUACCGAUUAAGUCGCACUCACGAAAAACACAACAUACAUAAGCACAAUCCUAAACCUCUUUACUGGGAAGCAAGGUCUUCUGAUUUCAGUGGGACAGUCUCACAUGUAAGGAUGUGUAGAAGUGUAGCCAAACUGUGCAAAAACUACCAAAAGGAAAGAGCGUCUGCUAAAAGUCUGACUUGGUUGUAAAGUGCUAUGAGCUGAGCGAGUUGCAAGUCAGUGGGGUUUUUUUUAAUUCUUUCCACAGAAACAGAUUUGUGAUGUAGGCUAGCGAUGUGAGAGUUGAGGAUGAUAAAUUAGCUUGUUUAUUCCUGCCCUCCUGUUGGUUAGUGUAAUGAAGCAGAAGCCCAUUGUAUGCACUCAUUUGGUAGCGAUAGCUCUGCACAGAAGGGGGUAAUUGAACAGAAAAGCAGAGAGCUCUUGGAGCAUGGGAGUAGUUAACAUCACACGAGGUCACUAGGCUUCAAGUUUUAAUCAGUGUGGACACCCUGCGAUUCAGAUUUUUCCGAACGAUCCAUUGGGGCGUGAAACAAAGAUCGGUAAAUAAUCUGAAACACAGAAAGGAGCUGUAAAAAAUAAAAGAAGGGCAAAAUUCCAGCUGCAGAUACAUUUUAAAUGUUGAUCUGGGAGCCUGUGGUGUAUUUAGAUUAAACAGUACUUACGCAGGCCAUAGCAGUUUGUGUUUCACUAUUAGAGCAAACAUUCCCCCACCCCCCAUGGUUGAAAGUUUCCAGAAAGGUGUCUUGAGGUAAAACCAAGAAAUUGGCUGCAGACAUGUGGUGGGACUCUAGCAAAGGUUCAAGGGGCCUAGUCAGAGGAAUCUUCCUGAGCUUCCAUUUUGGGAGGCUAUGGACUUCUGGUCGCAAGAACUGUACCCUCUCCUUGCUAUCACAGCCCACAUUUAAAGACGAAACUAGGGUGGAGUAGGGUCUGAAUCACAUAUAGCUCAUUGUAAACUGUCUGCAUAAUGCUGUUGGGAGUAGGUGUGGAAUGCCAAACACUUCACUCCCAGUCAGACCUCAUAAAAACAUAGAUUUGGAAAGCAGUUGAGAAGCCGCUGUUCUUAGCACAGGUUUCUCAAGGAAAGCUUCCUUCAAGAGCUGUGGACUGCAGACCAGGAAUCACUGCAGCAAAGACUGGUUGAGGGGGCUAAAGUGUUAGAGUUAGUGCAGUGGAACAACUGUCUGCAGUACCCUAAAUGCAUUUUUGCAUGCCAGGGCAUGUGUGUGUUUAAUUUGGAGCCCUUCUAACUUCCAUUUCAGGAAAGCACAUGAUAAAUGUCAUUGUUAAGGGGAAGAAGAAUUUUGUUGCACAUGUCUACAAACAUUCAGACUGUGCCUCUGGCGAGCUGCUAGCAAGCACUUGUUAUGACUUUGUGGGUACCAUCAUCACCAGAGUGUUGCUGACCAAAAAUGGUCAGUAACCAAGAAGUACUUUAAGGACCAAAGCCCUGGGUUCCUUCUCCAGAAAGUGUACAACGUGGGCAGCCUAUUGUGUAGAAUAGCCAAACCCUGCAAUAAAACCACAUUUGUUCUGACCCAUCAAAUAGAUUCACAACUUGACACCAGGCACAUCUGAUAGUACAAUAGCCAUCUAACGAAGACUAACAAGGGUGAAUUGAUGUCCAGGAAUAGCCUCCUAUAAGACAGACCCAGAAGAUAAGGUGGCAGGCUACCACUUGUUGCCAGCUAUUGCUCUCAACUAAAACUACCCCAAUGUAUCAUAGAUCUAAAACCAGUUUUGUAGAAUUAUACUUUCCUCUCUCAGGCCUUGGGUUGUGGGCUUAUACUUGCUUAACAAACAGCUCCGUAACCUAAACCAGUGAUUUUCAACUGGUGUGCUGUGGCACCCUGGGGUGCCUUGAAUGAUGGUCAGGGGUGCUGCGGGCAACGCUGGCCUCUGCCCCUCUUCCCUCCCUCCUUUGAUGCCCUCUCGUGUCUCUGCCUCCCUAAAGCUUCUGCACAGCCCUGGCUACAAGCUCUGCAGGAGAAUGGUGCCUCUAGGGCUGACCAGGGAGUGCCGGUUGCCAGGAGCUGAGGUGGCCUCGGAGUACGCAAGCAAGCAGGCGAGGAAGCCCAGUCAGUCAGUCUGCCAGCCCUUGCUGUUGGGAAUGGACAGACAAGUCCCAGGCCCCUGUGGAGCUGUGUGAGGAGGCAUCUUUUUGGGGUGGGGGGCAGCUCAGAGAUCUGGGGUGGCAGCAACGGCUGCCCAGAGGACCCACAAGGAGAAGAGGAGGAAGAAGAGUUUGUAUUUGAUAUCCCGCUUUAUCACUACCCGAAGCGGCUAACAUUCUCCUUUCCCUUCCUCCCCCACAACAAACACUCUGUGAGGUGAGUGGGGCUGAGAGACUUCAGAGAAGUGUGACUGGCCCAAGGUCACCCAGCAGCUGCAUGAAUCUGAGGGAACACUCCACAAGGGAGGAUGUUCAAAAAAGGGUGAGAGGCUGCCAGCUCUGCAGGAAAGGGUUGACACGACUGGGCUCCUGAGCCCCACAGGGGUGCUGCAGAAAGAAUGUAGUUGGUCAAGGGAGCCAUGGACUCAAAAAGGUUGAAAACCUUUGACCUAAAUCAUCUUUCCAGCUGAACAUCAGCACAAUAAUGAGACCGUGCAAAAUCCAGGUGGCAAAUUUGUCCCCACAUUUUCUCUGUCAAUACCAUUAUAGGAGCUAAUAAUGUCAGCAUUUUAUUCCCCCUUGCUCAUCUUCCAUGUAUGCCAUCAUCUGCAUACAAUGCCCUUCUGCAUUCUGCGUAGGUCCAUCAGGCCAAUCCCUAAGCAAUUGUGUCGGUGGACGCAAAUCCCAUAUGAGGAAUGGCAAUAUUCAUAAACCAGUGAUAUAAGUUCAACUGCUCUCUCAGGUCUCAGUAGGGACAGUGGCUUCCCUUUCUUCUACAGAUGUUAAUUAGCAUGGUAAGUUGAUGGGUGAUAAAGCAAUCACUGCGGUUACUUUGCAUGCAUUCUGCUUCUGAUUGAGUUGUCACUAUCUGUACUUUCCCUCUGACCCCAGGCUUCCAACUUUAUCUUCCCCAUCACCAUAUCUGAAGAGUAUUGUAGUCUGGAAAAGCUUGUGCCAUGGUCAUAGUCUUUAAGAUGACACACAAGAGUGUUGCUAACACUAGCACUGCUAUCCCUCUAGAAAUUAGAACACUUUCUUCUGGAAACACAAACUAUUCAAUUCAGAUUGAUAAUUCCAGCGAGGAAAGGCAGAGGACCUGCUUGAGGAAAAGGGGUAGCUAUGCUUCUCAUUCCUUCCCAAGUGGAGGGGACGGGGUGGGGAGCAUAUGUGAUGAAUACUUGUUUGCUAACUGCUGAACAGAAUGGAUGGGAAUAUAACUGAACUGGAGAGGCUGUAUUGUUUAGUGCUCUCUGACAUUGUAGCUUCUCACUUGUAAGUUUUUGUUCUUAAGUAUUUAUUUACAAAAUUACCCAAGUUAAUAAUUUUGUAAACAAAUCAAAUACGUCAGUAAAUGUUAUGUUUUGUUCAACUAAUAGUGCCAAACACAUAAAAUGCCAGAAACUAGAUAGAACUAAACAGAGCAUCUCUCUGAGUUAGAUGCUCAAGUUGACUGUCACCCAGAUUUUAUCUGUCUUCCUGCUGUGUUUUAAAGGACAUCUGGUCCAAACUUCAACAGACUCUUUUUUUUUUUUUUUGCCCCCGAGGUCUUUUGUUCCACCCACUUUGCUUUUAUUUUUAUUUUUUGUAUUGGCCAACAAAUCCCCCAACAUCUAAAGGGGAACAUUACAGCCACCAUUCUGCAUGAAUGGCUUGAAUUCAGGCAAUACUCUUUGAGAAGAGCCAGACAUUCCAGACACAGCUCUUCAGAUAAAAAACUCUGUGAGGUCUUUGUAUUUGAAGUAGACAGUUCUCAAUUAAACAAAUGCUGUUCUGCAAAAAAAACCCCUCCUCCUGCCUCCCCUCCUUCUUACCCAUGAACUCAGCAGGACUUUAGAUACCGUGCCAUAACUUUAACACUGUUUUAAACUUGUGGCCCAUAGCAGUGGUUUUCAACCGGUGGGCCGUGGCACCCUGGGGUGCCUUGAAUGAUAGGGGUGCCAUGGGCAACACUGGCCUCUGUCCCUCCUGCCUUCCCUCCGUCCUCCGAUGUCCUCUUGCGUCUCUGCCUCCCAAAGGCUUGCAGUGCUGUUUGUUGCAGCAGUCCAGGCUACUCCCCAGGUGAAUGGUGCCUCUGGGGCUGGCCGGGGGGGCUUCCCAGGCCACUGUGUGAGGAGGCACCUCUCUUUGGGGUAGGGAGGCAGCUAAGCUGUGGCUGCUACCCAGAGGACUCCCAAGGAGAGGGGAGAGGAGAGGAGGCUGAGGGAACACUUCACAAGGAAGGGUGUUUGAAAAAGGGUGAGAAGCUGCCAGCUCUGCAGGCAAGGGGUGACAUAACUGGGCUCCUGAGCCUCUCAGGGGUGCCGCAGAAAGAAUGUAGUUGGUCAAGGGAGCCGUGGACUCAGAAUGAUUGAAAACCUCUGGCUCAUAGUGCCUUUCCAAAUACAGUGGUACCUCGGGUUAAGUACUUAAUUUGUUCCGGAGGUCCAUACUUAACCUGAAACUGUUCUUAACCUGAAGCACCACUUUAGCUAAUGGGGCCUCCUGCUGCUGCUGCGCCGCUGGAGCCUGAUUUCUGUUCUUAUCCUGAAGCAAAGUUCUUAACCUGAAGCACUAUUUCUGGGUUAGCGGAGUCUGUAACCGGAAGCAUAUGUAACCUGAAGCAUAUGUAACCCGAGGUACCACUGUAAAGUUAAACAACUGUGAAGAAGAGGUAACUCGCAUAUUUUCUUGACUUCUUGGGGGUGGUACAGUAGAUAAGCAUCAUCACCAUUUGGCAUGUAUGACAGAGCUGGCUUCAGCGCUGUACAAUAGGAAAGAAGUGUUGAGCCAAAAGGUGAUGGUGGUGGAUGUCUUUGGAAUGGCAGCAGAGUCGGUUGAACGGGAUUGCAAAGCAUGAUGCGGAACAAAGCUCGGGAGAAGAGAGUGCUGUGCUCCGGUUUUGUGCCAAGCAGGACACAGACAUUUCUUUACACAACAUUUUUUGCAUUGUGGUUGUAUGCUAAGUAUUUGCUGCAAUUGGACAUAUAGCAAGGAAAGCAGGAACGUACGGAAACCCAUUACAAAUAAUCAGACUGGUGCUUUAAAGGACUGAUUUCAUUGCAGGGGACAGAUGAAUGGGCUGAGAGAAGAGGCGGGUGAGGACUGGAAUCUGGUUUUGUUUCACUUUUCUAGUCCUUUGUUCUUUAAAAAGCAAUUACUGGGCAUUCUCUCCCCCGCCCCCCAGCCUGAGAGGAUGAUUUUUGGGGAAAGUGCGGGGGGGGAUGUGCUUUUAAUCCCCCAUCCCUGCAUAUUAAAAAUUAAGCCUGGAGAUUCAUACACACAGUAAUAGGAACUUUACCAGAAAACUCUUGUGCUAUGGUUUAAUUUGCUUGUGACAUUUAGCAUAAUCUGCAAUGCCAUGUGUGUGGCUUUAGGAAUGGUCGGCUAACAGCCUGCAGAUUUCCUUUGCUUCUGAAGUAGUUGCAUGACCUAUGGGCUUGUGGCUUAAAUACUGGGAGACUUUGCUUAUCCUUUCCCUGCCUGCCAUUUAUCUUUAUGAACAAAAUAAAAUCUAGGUUUUUUUUUAAAAGGCAGCAACCUUGUACAGGUGUCCACAAAUCUGUGGUUGCCAGCAUGCUCCGUGGCAGAUUCCCUCCCUGGAGUCUUCUCCCAGUUGCAGAUGACUCUGGGGAGGUCUCACACAUUGCGCUGCCCUCUAGGCUUUUGGCCUCGUCCCUCUACUGUCUGCUGAGCAGCUCUGCAUGACACAGGAUCCUGGCCUCUUCCCUGAGCCCCCUGCAUGCCAGAGGCUUGUUAGGCGGUAAGGAUUGGUGGGAGCCACUAAUAAGGGCUGACUACAAAGCCGAGCCAAAAUCGAUGGACCCUUGACCAUGGAAACGUGUCUGUAUUACAGCAUAUCUGAUCCAGUGAAGCACCAGCUACUCAGUGGUUUGCACAUCCCGCUUUGGAAAGAAUUUUAUGUGAUCCAGCAUCAAAAGGGAAUAGCCCUCUCUCUGGUGGGCCAGAAGCACAAGAAUAUGCUCUGUUCUGGUUCAUUGGAGCAAGUCAUUGCUUGAUGCGCAGGAUUAGGAAGCUCAUAUGACCAGCUAAUUGACCAGAGUUACUGAUACAAGUAUGUGCUCCAUGGGGCAAAACAAAAGGCAGGAUGUGUGGAGCCAUUCACUGCCGCCGACUUUUUGAGAGCUAUGCAGCUAUCUUCUGUACACAACUAUAGCAGAAUCCCUCUAAUCCCAUCCUGAAAGGUCUAUUACUGGCAUAGAUUCAGCAGUAUUUUGAGUUUCUUUUCAUGGCCUAUUGGGAGCAUGGCAUGGCCUAGAGACUGCUAUCUAUUCCCACUAUAAAUAAACCGACAGUGAUCUGCCCGUUGGAUUGACCAGACUUGUAGAGCUUUCUUUGGGAAGCACACUGGUUUAGGAUAUGGAGCUGUUUGUUAAGCAAGAGUUGUUGAGCUUUUUUUGAGGAGACUGACCAAAAGCAUUGGAUUCCAUGCAUGGAUUGCAAAAUACAACAUUUUUAACAUAUACAGUCAUAACACAGUUUCAACUUUUCUCUUAUUUUUGUUGAUUUCCUGCUCCUUUUCCCAUGGAGUUGUUGUUUCUCCCCUUCUGCUGCACCCUGUUUUAUUUAUAUUAUUACGAAAUACAGGCAACUCCCAUUUUGCAGGCGUUCCAAGAACGUGUGCCCUUUCACGUGCAUAUUGCCAUAACCCAGAUGUGGCUGGAAAAGGGCUUGGGAUUAUGCAUGCUCCACCAGUGUGCAUGGGGGUCAGGAACACAACCCCUGCACAAAACGGUCAUUGCCUAUAUAAAACUACAAUAGAAUGCCAAUAUUCUUUUCUUGGUCAAGGUGACUAAAAGAGUACUGUGGCAGCACAACUACAGACAUUGUUGGAAGAUGCAGGUUUUGUUGACUAACUUGAUUUUGACUUCAGAACUGGUUUUGGGACGGAAUUGGCCUUGGUUGAUCUGAUGGAUGUUCUUCAUUGGGGCAGGAGGAGUUGCAACCCUGUUACUUUUUCUCUUAGUAGCUUUUGAUAGCAUCAACCACCGUAUCCUCCUAGACCAGCUCUGUCAGAUGGAAGUUGCUGGCAUUGUCCUUCAGUGGUUCUGUUCUACCUGCAGGACCAUUUGCAGAGUGGCCUCAGGGUCCCAUAUUGUCCCAAAUUCUUUUUAAAACCCACUUAAAGCUGUUACAUGUGACUGAAUGGAACUUUUGCAUGUGUGUCAGACACUCUUUAACACCAUUGGGAGUGGCAUUAGGCGAUUUGGAGCAAGGUGUCACCAGUUUACUGAUGGCACUCAUUUCUCUAUAACAUCUGAACCUGAUGAGACCAUGCAAUUCACGGACUGAUUUGUGGAGUAGAUGAAGGGCUGGAUGAGGACUAGUAAACUGAAGCUGAAUCCUGGCAAGACAACAGAAGCUUUGUGAGUGAGCAAUUGCUAAGUUUGGGAAAUUGACCAGUUGACUAUUCUUGAUGGGGUUGCAUUCUCCCAGAAGAAGUACUGUUAGUGCCAUCACCCAGUAGCUAGGAGUUCUGCUUUCCAGCUUCAGCCUAUACCACAUAGCUGGGACACAAGCUACAGCCAUGGAAGGGCACAUGCGUUGCAUGCAGAAGGUCCCAGGCUAGUCUUUGGAAUCUCAAGGUAAGGCUAGGAAAGAUUCUCUUGAGAGGUGUUAUCUGUGUAGACAGUACAGAUCUAGAUGAACCAAUGGUCUGAUUUGCUAUAAGGCAGUUUCCUGCAUUCCCAUGUUCUAUCUCUGUCUAGGUCAGGGUUUCCCAAGCUUGGGUCUCCAGCUGUUUUUUGACUACAACUCCCAUCCCUGGCUAGUAGGACAAGUGGUCAGGAGUGAUGGGAAUUGUAGUCCAAAAACAGCUGGAGACCCAAGUUUGGAAAGACCCUUCUCUAGACCAUUGUUCUCCUUGGAACUGGCACCAUCCAAAUGAAACAACCAAAAUGGCGGUGUUGAAGUGACGCAGUAUUGCUAUUUGUGUGUGUGUGUGUUUUGCUUUGCUAUCUUGAUUUAAGGCAGGGGUGGGAACCUUCUUUGAGCCCAAGGGCCACACUCAUCUGAGAAGGGGCCAGAGGCAAAAAUGGGCAGAGUAAUGGGUGUAAAUCUUGCCUUUGUACAGCAGGCUGGUUUCAACAUGCCCCCGCCUCUGGAUUUUCCAUUCAGGCAAGAGACAUCACAGUUCAAGAAGGCAUUCCAGCCAGGCAAAAACACUUGAGGGGCAAAGCAGAGCCAGUAAGAAGUGAGGGCUGGGGAAAGUUGUGAGGGCCAGAUAGGGGCCUGGAGGGCCACAUGCACCAUAAUUUAAGGAGAGGGAAAACAAAAAUGGGGUUCAAUAUUGUCUUCAUUCCUCUGGCACAUAUUUCAUCCUCACCUUUUGUGCCUCUAGAUCUGCUGCAGGUGUUCACAUGAGAUUGAGUAACUAAAUUUUCCGCUUCAGAUGCUGCUGGCCACUAUUUAGUAAUACAGUUUAUAAACUGUUCUUUUGUGUUUCUUCCUCCCCCCCUUCUCCUCCUCAGCUCCAGGUCCCACUGCAGCUGUGCCCUAUGUGGCAAUAAAAUGCAUAGAUGUCCGGAAGAACCACCACAGGAGCAAAUGGCUUAUGCCCUGGGGACCUGACCAGUGUGAAAAAAUCAGAGACUUUGAUGAAGCGAUGAGCAGGCAAAUCGAAGCCAACGAUAUUGUGUUCUCAAUUCACAUGCCGCUCCCCCACAGGGAGAUGAGCCCCUGGUUCCAGUUUAUGGUCUACAUUUUGCACAUGGACAUUGCUUUCAAGAUCGACAACCAAAUUAGUAAGUACCUGGAAGAAUUGUUGUUUACAUAGUUAAUGUAGUAACUUGAAAAGGGGUAUUGAUGUAAGUCGGACUGAGUGGGUAUGUUGUGUGUGUUUUAAAAGAAGGUGGUAAAGGAGAACGAAGGCCCGUCCUUCCUUGUAUUAAGGCAAGAGAGAAGGUUAUCUAGGACAGCUUCACUCACCUAAUUUCCACAUGGGCUCCCUUCUGACUUGUGGAUUGCAGUGAACCAGGGCUUAUUUUAAUGGGCAGCCAGACUCAAAAUGGGUUAGUUCCAGUGAGGGGGAAAGACAGUUCUGAAAAGAUAAGGUUGCCAUACAUCCAGAACUUUCCAGACAUACCUGGAAUAUUGUAGUCAGAAGCAGUGUCUGUGUGGAAAUUGGUGAAAUGUCCAGGAAAAUCUGAAUGUAUGGCAACCCAUGUCGGCAGUGUCCUUUUUGCCUAUUUUCCUUUGUUUCUGAUCCGCCCCUGCCCCCCCGGAAAAGAUUUAAGCAGUUCAGAAAUUCAAGUGAUGCAAAAGUUGUAUUAUGUUGGGUGAUGUAAAAAGUGACUGAGAACAACUUGAAAGUAAAUUAGUUUCUCCUUCCCUUGCCAAGAACACUUUUCACAGAUUCUGCAGCUGCUCUUGGGAGUUCAUGACAUGUCUUGCGUGAAGCUUGAUGAUAGCACACUUCUGUGGUAGCGGUGUUAGAGUAGGAGAAAAUCCUCAGAACUGGAAAAUCUGUGUUGUCUUCUAAAUGUCAUGGAAUGUGACUCCAAGCAAGAAAGCAUUGUAUUUACACACAGACGAGGCACGCAGAUUACAAUCAUGUACCACUGGGCGGUUCUCAAUUUCCCUUUUAAAAAGUCCUGCAGUGGACAAGGAGAGAGCUCAUCUCCUCUCCAGAAUAUGCUCAUGCCAAUGGGAAGGUUUAUGGGUAGCAGUAUGAAGAGAUCAAAGUCCUCCUCAUCUUUCCCUUUGAAGCAGUAGGAGGGAUGGGGAGCCUGUGGCCCUCCAGUUGUUGCUGAACUACAACUGUCAUAAUUCCUGAUCAUUAGCCAUGCUAUCUGGGGCUGAUGACAGCUGGAGUUGAGUGACACCCAGAGAGGCGUGGGUUCACCACCACGACAGAUUGCUGCAAGGGCAAAAUCAAGCAGAAGAGCCUGCUCCCUUCAGAUGUUGUGCCACUUAUCAUUGUAUGAUGGGAUUGUUUAAAAACACGAUUUAAUCCAGCAACGUGGUUGGGUUCAGGCUGCUUCUUAUGAAAUUAGGAAUGUGCCAUGGCUCACAUUUUUAAUAUGAUUGCAUUAUAAUACGCUGUUGUGAAAAUUACUGUGAAGUCUGUGCUUGGGGAAGCUGUCAUGAUAGACGUGUUCAUUGUGUGGUCUUGAACUGUUGUCCUGGCAUAUGUGACAACACCAUAUAGUAGACUGUCAUGCCGCUUUUGUGACUUGCAGCAAUGAGUUUACAUUUUCCUUAAUAUAUAAGUGGCGGUGUCGCAGAUCUUAAGGCUGGCCUGUUUUAGUUCUAAGCAUUGUGCAUAGCAUGUGGAAAGUUGCUAGAACCACACAUUCCAGUCGAGUUAUAAUUCCACGAGCAGCGUUUCCACUCAGUUUGUAAAGACUUCAUUCAGUUUGACAAGCACAAUGAUCCUGAGAGAUUUCCUUUCUGCAUUGGCAAGAAAUGUGUGGAAGCAAAGGAGAUAGAGUCUUAGGAUGAUUGAUGUCUUUCCUCCCUUUUUUAAAAUCGCUGGAUUGGAGUUGGCUGCUAAUUUUGGGGGGCGGGGGGGGGGAGGAGAGCUUAUUCACAUUGAUCUGACCUCACCAGCCCCAAAUAGCUUUUUCUUUUCUGUCUUGGUGACCAAGAAAAAAGAAUACAAGUGUAGUUUUCUCCUGUAAUCAAGGAGAAGCGUGAAGGUGAAAGUCAUUGUGAGAUCAUUCUUGGCUUGGUUUUCCUGCUCUAAUUUGAGUGACUGUAGCUCUGCCCUGGCUUUGCCAUUUCUAGACGGAGGAGGAGUAUACAGACUGGCCUGAGUCCAGGUCAGAAUUCACUCUAGCAGAUUUCCUGAUUUCUAUAGAAUUCAUUCUUCCAAAUGCUCCCCUUUUCCCAACCUCUACUAAACUACUGUAUUGACAUUGAGUGAUACUUGGUCAUGCCUUUAACUGUAUAAAACCAUCCCCAGCUGUUUCACCUCGAGCCACUGAAACCUGCAACCAUUUGCCUCGGUUGUUCCUCAUCAGUGGGCAGGUGACACUUUAUUUUGUAUCCUGCUCUUCCUCCAAGAGGCAGCACACAUGAGGCUAUUGGGUUGUUUUCUAGCAGAAGCCCCGUGAUAUAGAAUGAGGCUGUGAGAGGCUGACCUGCCUACAGCCUUACCCAGUGAGCUGCUUUGGGCACCAAUUUGUCAAAGUGUCCCUUUGAGUGUAAUACAAGUGAAUGUGCUGAGAGCAGUUGGUUCCUUGCCUUUCUUUCUUCCCACGCUUCAAACACUGGUCCAUGUAGGAGCAGAGACCCUUCUGAGAUCAUCGGAACUGGCAUAGCAUGGCAUUUUUAAAAGCUUUGGAGCCCCCCCCUUUCAUACAUUUGCACCACUCCAAGAAUGUAUGGAGGGGAGAAUGGGAUCUUCUCCGAUGCUGGUUCCUCCCCAACGUCAUUGUCCGCCUUCAUUUCCCUGACCUCCACGUAUUGUGCAGGAGAAGGGGGUCUGUGCACACACAGCUGUGCACAUGUUGGCUCUUCUUUCAGAGCUUCCCAACACAGAAAGGUUGAGAGAGUAAAGCUACUGGAGACAUGGAGGACUGUAAGCUCAGUGUGUAGACAGAAGAGGUCUCAGCUGUGAUCUGAUCUGGAAUUGUUCCCGUUCUUUCUGUGCGCACGCACAUACCCACCUCUGUCGUUCACAUCUCAGCUCUGUAAUGAGCUUUGCCGAUUGGCCUUGGGUAUGCCAGUGUGUCUCGGCCUCAGCUCUGCCAUCUGUAACUGGGGAGCGAGACUGACUGGCUUUGUGGGCUGUGAUUAGAAAAUGAGUGCUGUGUAAAAUAUUGGCUCCUUACAGGUCCUGGAUGUGUUCAGUGUGAGGCAGCUGUGUUGGUUAAGCCGUUUUAACUUAGCUGUGCAGACAUGUGCUCCAUCGCACAGAAAACAACAACAACAAUUGUAUUAUUUAUACCCCGCCCAUCUGGCUUCGUUUCCCCAGCCACUCAUGCUUUGCCUAUAUGGUCUGAAGUGCUGGCUCCUUCAGAUUCUACCUUUGAACACUUUUGCUGCUCUGCACCGAAAAUUGUGCUCAUGAAUUUCAUAACUAAUUCAGUGGCCCCUUGUUUUUACGUGCCGCAAGAAGGGCUAUGGCAACCACAAGAUGCCUUCUUUGAACUCACUGGGAUACCUGUAAUGAUCUGCAAACAUUAUUUGCUCUCUGGUGUCUCCAUGUUGCCCCAAUAGUAAUUUACUGACUUGGCUUUUCACUUCUUUUGAACACCCAUCCUUUUCUCCCUCUCAGGAACGGUAGGGCAAUCCCAAUAUGCAGUCCAGAAAGCUAGACCCAAGAUGUCUGCAGCAAUUCUUUGCUUCCAAUUGUUUCCUGGUGGGCAGAGUUAUUUUGGUGUUUGACAUUCGGAUUCAGAGAGGGUGUGUACAGGCAUAUAUAGAAUGCUUGGAUUGGGGGGACACCGGAGGAAUAAAAAUGGCUGCAGUGACUCAUUGUGUGACUCAGUCCAGUCACUUCUUUCAACCAGUAUCCCUCAGCUGCUUGAACCACCAAAUGAAGAUGAUUGGUGCCUUAAAAGCCACCGUUUUACCACAGUUUAAUUACUGUUUCUUUGUUUACUGUGCACAGAAACCCAGGAACCAGGCACUAGCAUUGUUGAGUCCUUACAAAUUCAUCGUUUAACGAGCAAAAGAUUUUCUGGCAGUGGAAUAAAACCCCAGUCUUGGCAGGAUGCCUUGAAUAGAUCUUUGUAGUGGUUUCAUUUUAACUUCAAGAUAAUGCAGAUUGAUUAUGAUGCUGUAACUGAAACAUCUUGGAGGCUGACAUUGGUGCCCUUGAAGGAUGCUGUGCUUUUCUUUCUGAGGGAUAUGUUUGUUUUGCAUGCUUAUGGAAAUUAGGUCCUUCCACUGACUAAAUAUUUAUGCUGUUUAUUGCAACAAUUGCUGCGAACAAAUUAAUGGCUAGUAUUUAAAUGUGGGGAUAAGCUGCUCUUGUGGAAGUGACAGAUUGUGACAAGACAAUCUAUUGUUUGGAGGCUGUUGUGUAUUUGUGAUGGUUUGAGGUGUAUGGGAGUCAGCAGCUUCUGGUCUUGUCCUCAAAAAGUGAGAAAACCUUUCCCCCCCCAACCACACUCCCUCAGGAGAAAUAGUCUGGCACUCACAUGGACAGGCAGUAGGCAGGGCCACUCCCAUUUCCCUAAGAAUAUUGAUCAAGAGAGGGGAGGAUUGAUGGUGAACUUAGUUCAGAGCUGGGGAAUCUAUGACCCUCCCAAUGUGGUUAAACUGAACUCCUAUUGUUCCUGGCCAUUGAAUCAUAGAAUCAUAGGAUUGCAAAGGACCACAGGUAUAAUGAUCGUCUAUUGCAAACCUCUGCAGUGCAGGAAACUUUUGCCCAGUAGGGGAUUUGAACCCACAACGCUGAGAUUUAAGAGUCUCAUGCUCUACUAACAGGGCUGGUUGCUGAUGGGACAUGGAAUCCAACAGCAUCUGUAGGGUCACACAUUCCCACACCUGCCUUAACUUGAGAUCAUCACCUUACCCCAAGUCUUUCUCACAUAAAGCCCCAAACCCCCCACACAGAGAGCCAGUGUGGUGUAGUGGUUAAGAGAGGUAGACUUGUAACCGGGUUCACGUCUCCGCUCCUCCACAUGCAGCUGCUGGGUGACCUUGGGCUAGUCACACUUCUCUGAAGUCUCUCAGCCCCACUCACAGAGUGUUUGUUGUGGGGGAGGAAGGGAAAGGAGAAUGUUAGCUGCUUUGAGACUCCUUCGGGUAGUGAUAAAGCGGGAUAUCAAAUCCAAACUCCUGCUCUUCUUCUUCAUACAGACAUGCACACCGGUAGCAGAUUUUAGAGCUUUCAGAUUUCAGUGGCGCCCUGUGCAGCGCCAAAAUUAAUUGCCUCUUGCCUUCCAUUCUAAGUCAUUGUUGCAACACCCUCUCGACUUGGUGCCUAGUACGGGUGAACAGGUUGCGGUCCCCUAAAUCUGCCAUGCUUCUCUUUUGUAUUUUCCUCUGGCCACAUGUACCUCUGAAUCUUCUCUUCCUCCCUCUCUCCUCUACCUUGAAUUGUAGAUUAGGAAGAGGGACCCCAAGGGCCAUUUAGUCCAACCCCCUGCUCUUGAAAGGGCAUGAGUUGCUUAUAUUGAUUACUACCCCUGUUCUGGAAUUAAACGGCAAGAGUCCCAGCAGCGGUUGUAUAUACUACAUUGGGGAUGGGGAACCCAUAGCCCUGCAGAUGAUGCUAGGCUGCAGCUCUGAAAUCCCUUCCCAUUGACCGUUUUGCUGAGGUUGAUGGGAGUUGGAGGCCAAUAACUUCUGAAGGGCCAAAAAUUCCCCAAGUUUGCACAGAAUAUGCAUUUCAUAUAUGGCACCUCAACUGCUAAAGCAGCAUCAGUAUCCAAUUGGUUAAUCCUAAAUGACUCUAAUUGAUUGCUACUUUAAUAGCAACCUCCAAAUUUCCAUUGAUUUUGAAGUGUUGUCUUGCCUGCCAGAAAGUGUACAAAAAUGGGCAACAAUCAAUUCCUAUGUCAUUAUAAUAACUCAUAUUCCUUUCCAGGCAGAACCUGAAAACAGAUAACCUUUUUGUUUUAGAGUAGACUAAUGCUCUUUGCCGAACAAGUGGAAGAAAUCGCUUGGUAUCUGCUUGGAAGUGGCUACCAGCUCUUUCAAAUGCUUUUAACUAGUGAAAUAUGUCAAACGAUUUGUGCAACUUGAUAGUGAUUUUAAAAGAGAGAGAGAUCGAUCAAAAAUCUCCAAACUGAUCUCCAGUCCUGUUCUGUUGCAGCAGCAAAGCCUCCUUUCUCACAAGGCGUAUGAAACAAGUGCUCUGUGUGACCAUCUUCCAGUAAUAACACAGCUGUUGAAAGGGCUUAGUCACCCAGGCAAUGGUGGCAUUUCUGAAAGGGGAAUGUUUGUAUGCAGCAACCUGACAUUUGACUAGAUGGGACCUUGAAUCGGAAGGGGUGGAACACAGGCGAGAGAAAGAGAGGCGCUCUCGUUCUCUAGCCAGAAGAGAUCCCUGUUUGGGGCCUGGCACAAAAGGCUCAUUCUGAAACAAGGAAGGCCACUCCAGUGUUUUGUAAGCAAUCUUAUUCCUUUCAAUGAGUUAGAACUCCAGCUCUCUCCACCUCCCCAUUAAGCACUUCAUCCCUCUGUCCCUCGCUGUUUCCCUGGUUAUUUCCAAACAGCUUCGGCUGUAAUUCUCUCAUGGACUUUGGCACAACCCAGAUACCACCUUGCCACUUCCAUUAGCCAGGAAUCAGCCUGGGGAACUGGCAGUGUUCCUGUGCAACUAGCAGGUGUCACAUGUCUGGGGCACGUAAACCCUUCCUUCAGCUUUUCCAUCGGGACGGGAGGUGUCCCGAACACUGAUGAGCCUUCACAAGUGUGACCAAAACAAAAAUGGGCUUUUAAGCAGCAGUGGUAUUUUCCUUUUCGUUGUGGCCUUGUACCCUGCACCUGGGGAUGGAGAUUGGGUAGGUUGAUAUAUCAAAGGAAACUUGAGGAGUAGGGUUGCAUUGAUUCAGAAUUGGUCUUUAGGUGGAUAUGUGUCUGUGUAUAUAUGUGCAUUUGAAACUUUGCAAAUAAACAGCAGAGGGCAGAAGGGUGGACCUGAAUAGUCCUUAAUCCUAAAUGUGAGGGGCAUUAGCCGCCUUCUCUGCUGAUUGAUGGUGGGGUUUUUUUCAGGGGUGAGCAACACCAGAACCAUUGAAAAAGGCCUUCUGCUUCAUUUUUCUCCUCGCCUUGUACCUUCUGUGAAAUAACACCUGCCACGCUUUGGGUGCUGUUGCUUUUAGACCAGCAGUUUGGUUAGAUUAUCUACAAGGUAAACUAGUUCCCUACUGUUGAUGUCCUGCUGAUGUGUUCCUAUUAUGGGCUGUUCCCCAAGUUUGACAAUGAGAGGGGAUGCACACGUUUUGGGAGGGAGAACACACAGUCCCAAACAGACUUUCUACUAUGCUGCCUGGGAAUAGUUAUCCCCACCUGGCUGCGUUUACCCUGCUCUUCAGGCCAAGAAGACCUCCCAGAGUGGCUUGCAAAAAAUAAUAAUCCUUGAUUAGCAAGACUGGUGCUGUUUACAGUCUUAUAAUCUACAAAGGACACAACACAAAAGGAAAAAAUGAGGCAGUGAGAAAGGAACAAGGAAACGGGCAAACUUGAGCACCGGUUAUUAAAGUUACAAAGUUCUUACUGUACCCAGCUUGAGUGAGGUCAACUCAUCUCUCUCGCCUGACAAAAUAGUUGAGGGGGUGCUUCUACAAUGCAGUAGCCGCAACAAACUAAGAAGAGGUCACUAAAAGUUUGACCAAGGAGAAGGAAGGACCCUUAACAAGACAAACAGAUAAAGCUUUGUUGUAUUGUGUUGUACAACUGACUGUUCUGUCGGUGGCUUCCCCAAUAUCUCAUGCAUUUUUUUCUCUCAUCACCUGCUCUUGAACUGGAGUCAGGAAUCAAACUAGGGACUUUAUGCUUGCAAAAAAUUUUCUCUGUUAUUGGACUAUACCACCCCCACCCUAUGGUGCACAGCACUGCACCAUACAUCUAGCACUCAAUAAAUUGGGCUGUAUCUGAUAUCCCACCACUUCCUUAUUCAAUGAGAACUGGAAAGUAUUCUUGGUUCUCCACCAUCCUAUUGAAUGUGCUACCAUCUUCAGCAAGCAAAACACAUACAAGCAUUUGCUUAUGUCCAGUUACAGAAUAUCAUCAUGGAUUAUAUAUCCUUGCAAACAAGGGUGCUUUCAUCUCCGCUUCUGUAAUUGGGCCAACCCAAAGCUACUAGUGGAAGGUGGAAAUGGCCUCAUGUUCCUCCAUCUCCGCCUGUGCAGGACUUAAGUUUGUAUAUACAGUAGGUAUCCUAAACCAUUUACUAGCUUUAGUUAUCAUCCACGCACUUAAAUGAUGGUACUGCCAGUCUGAUACACAAUAACAUGAACAAUGUCUCACUGGUCUGGUGGGAUGCUUUUUUCCUUGAAAAAUACUUUAUUUAAUAUAUUAUGUCAUGUGGAUUCUCUUCACAUGCAGCAAAAUGACUGGAGAGUCUAUAAAGUUUUUGGCUGCUAUUGCUGGCCAGGCUAAAGAAAUUGUAGAUGCCAAGCCACUUCUGUGCAGCAUGUUGCCUUUUGUCAGGGAAAGGAGCUGAGGAGAGUUGGACAUGGGUGCCUGAAGGAGUGUGGUGCACCUCCAGGGAACUACCUGCUUUUCCUGUUUCAGAACAGUAAAGACACGGAGGGAGGGUAGCGUUUUUCGCUCUGCAUGGCCAAAGCAGCCCAGAGGCCUUGGCUGUGUGGCUGCCAAACAGCUCUUGGCCUUUCUCCUGAUUGUGGAGGUGGUGAGGUGGCAGGUAUGCCCACUCAAAACUUUCCACCUGUGCAGCUUUGAAGUUGGUAGGAAGACUGAUCUAUCUUUGUGGUGAGCAGAAUGAUUUGGGGUCCGGAAAUGGCCUGGCUCUCUCCUACUUCCAAAUGAUGUGAUUAGGAUGUACUAGCUGCAAGUCCUGUCAUUGUUUGGCACCUCUAUUUUUAGAUCUAUGUGGUGUGAACAAAAGAUUUUUGAAUGUGUAAAGCUAGAAAGGGAACGGGAAGUGUUUGAAACUACAUCUUUACCUGCAGAGGGAGGAAAGCUUUGUGAAAUGUUAAGUUGAAUUCAGAGGCAAGACUUUGUAUACGUAUAUAUUUUUUAAAAAGGGCGAGUGUACUAAAAUGUAUCAAGGAUGUUUAUUAGUGUCUAGUAUAAAAAGGCAAUGCUGGUCUUUACUCUUGUUUCACAGGCAAGUGUAGUGCAGUUAGAUGUUCCCGCAUUUAAAGCUGUCUGACCACACAUGAGUGGUUCUGAGGUAAAAGUUUUGUAAUACACGUACUGUAACAGUUUUACUUUUGAGUUGCUGAACUGAGAAGGUUUAGCAGACAACAAGAUCCACAAGCUGUUGUUGCCUCUUAAACACUCCCUACAGCCACACUUUCUCCCUCCUCAUGAGGACUGAGACUGAAGAAUGUGCCAAAGUACAGCUUCACAUUGGUAGGAGGUGAGGCGCUUCCAUUUGAGGACUUUUCAGCACCAUGGAUUUAAGGAAGAGCUUUUCCAGGAGAGGAGGAAGCAGGAGCGUGCUAGGCUGCUUUAAGUCUUAGUGCAGCGGUCAGCAACCUUUUUCAGCUGUGGGCCGGUCAACGGUCAGACCAUGUGGUGGGCCGGACUAUAUUUGGGGGGGGGGGAAUGAAUGAAUUCCUCUUCCCCACAAAUAACCCAGAGAUGCAUUUUAAAUAAAAGGACACAUUCUACUCAUGUAAAAACAUGCUGAUUCCCGGACCGUCCGCAGGCCGGAUUGAGAAGGCGAUUGGGCCGCAUACGGCCCCUGGGCCUUAGGUUGCCGACCCUUGUCUUAGUGUGUCCCAUUUUAGAAACGGUGUCCUGCUCUAAACUAGUGGCGUUAACAUAUUUAUUCAUUUGAUUUCUUCUCAGUCCUUCACCAGAAGGUCUCAACAAUACAGGAUUAAAAUCAGUUAAAAGAAUUUUCCACCAGAAGAAUAGAGUGGGUCCUAACACACACACACACACACACACACACACACGUAUACGUAUGUAUCAGAUGUCAAAGGCCAAGUUAUAGAGCUACACCGUCAAAAUGCAGUCAGAUGUGCCUCUACAGGAAGUGAAUUCUGCAACUUAGGGGUUGCCCUCUCGCAGGGUGAUGCCUCAUGAACUUCCGUUAAGACCUCCUCUGCUUGUCUUCACACCAGAGAGGAUUGGUAAAGUCUUUGAGAUCUUGGGGACCAUUUAAGGUUUUAAGCACCUUGAACUGGCCUCAGAAAUGAACUGGCAACCAGUGGCGCUGUUCUAAAAUGGGGGCUAUGUGAGUAAUUCGGCUGCUGCGUUUUAAACCUCCAAGGGCUGUCCCGGGUAGGGCGUGUUGCAGUAAUCUAGUUACUGAGCAAAGACUAGAGUGGACAAAUAAUCUCUGCCCACAAGGAGGAGGUCUUGGUUUGUGUUGAGGGUCUUCUUGAAUCAUAGAAUCAUAGAGUUGGAAGAGACCACAAUGGCCAUCGAGUCCAACCCCCAAACAACAAAACUUGCAUAUCUACUGCCAGUACUGUCCUCUAUUAAGAUUUACAAAAAUUAAUAAUAAAUAUAUGCUGUAUGUGUGGCCUGCAUUUAGAGUUGUCCCUUAUAUCUUGCCAUGCUAAGAGAUCGGAGUAAACUUAAUGUAUUCAGCUAUUACUCAUGUAGUGAUCUUCAACAUUAAGAUUCUCAUUUUAAAUCUGGAAUGUACAGGUUGUAGAUAAUCUAGAAGGUUUUGGUUGUUGUUUUUUGGUGGAGGGAGCGAACCAAAAAGCCCUGAAAAAAAUGUCAUUGCUCCCAUGCAGAAGAGAACCACCUCCAAGCACUGUAUAAAUAGAUGGUCUGAACCACAAAGCACUUCCACACCCGUUCCCAGCACGCUAGAUGAGCGUCUCUCCACGUAAUCCCAAUAAAUUAUAACUUUGAAACCGGUAACAGAUGUCUAGGCUGGCAGAGCUUCAAAGACAUUUCUUUCUCAACUGCAGGCUGGAAAGAUGCAUUUGUGAAGCAUGAGGAACAAUUGUCUUCUGCUUGGCACUGACUCUUGGGACUAGAAGUCUUAAUCGGCUGCAGCUUCUUGCAUGUCGAGUGUCUCUUGGCAAUAUGUAACAAGGUUGAGCUUGCAGAUGGAUUAUAUUUAUGCCAAAUCCAAGUGGUAUUUGUGGUCUUGUAUAAGAAUGACAGCGAAGGUUGUAGUCAGCUGGCUGUAAUUUAAGCCAGGCGCAGGUGUUUGUAAACAUGUGCCAUCUAGGAUUCCUGUAGAAAUCUGAAGAAUGGGGGUAGCUAGGAUUGAAUCUGCAUUAAAGAGCUCAGAAGGAAUUCUCAAGGAUGCAUGUUCCCUCUUGCUUUGGGGGUAGCGGGGAGGAAGGAAUUUUGUCCCUGCUAGCAGCUAAGAAUUACGGAGUGCCAAAGUCGCUUGAUUGGGUUUCUAAUUCUGUCACAAUCAGUAGAACAUUUUGACCACACCACACCAUACAUUUAAAACAAACUCAUUCCACUUAUAAGAGUCAUGGCUCCCCCCGCCCCAAAAUAUAGAGAUGGACAGUGUUCUCAGAGCUACUAACAUGAGUUUGACCAAACUGUGGGAGGCAGUGGAAGACAGGAGUGCCUGGUGUGCUCUGGUCUGUGGGGCCACGAAGAGUUGGACACGACUUGUCGGAGCAAGCCGUCACAAAUGGCGCAGUUUAGCAUAAAAUAAAGACACAGAGAACCAGCAAUAUUUUCAGGAUGGUAUGAGCAGCUCCUUUCGAACUUCUCUCCUCUCCUGUAACUUUUAUUAUCCUUUGUUCUCUCCUCUCGCAUGGCUGUUUGCCAAUGUCUCACAUUACCUACAUCCGGUCAUGGCUUAAACCCACCCAUCGCCAUAUAGGGUAAUUACUGCCCAGAGGGGGAACAUAACUCCAUAUAAGGCUAUGCACUUAAUACACUGCAAGGCACGGACAUGCAGGUCACUGAGGUCAGCGAGGCACCAGGUGGCGCUACAAGCCUUUUUCAUGACUUCCUGGCUCCCACAACGACUGAACAACAACAACAACAAAUGGAAUGUUUCUAAGAGCCUGAGGAUUUAUGACUUGGGAAGCCAAACUAUGGCUUUACAGGGCCCAGACAAGCUUGUAGACCACUUUGCAGCUCAACAGCAAGCCCAGGUUCGAACAGCACGCCAAGUGAAACCUUGGCUUUGCUGAGUAUGGCAGUGACCACAGGACCAGGGAAGGAGCACAGAGGCUGCAGACUCCCCUGGGAGUCCCACAUGGUCCCAGGAAGCUUACAUUGUUGUAAGAAUCUAGGCUAAUGUGUAGACCUGUGAAAAAGGGCUCCAUUCUAAAUCAUGUACACAGCAAGGAUUAGACUUUAUCCCAGAGCAUCGUGGAUCUAACAGCCUGGAUUUUUUUCUUUCAAAUGUGCAACAAGUAAGCUUUAUGUAUAAUCUAAUUGCCUCAAUGAGUGAUUUUGUAUGUCGCUUUGGGUUGCCUUGGGCAAGAUAAAGUGACUUAACACAUUUUAACAAUAAUUUUAUCCUGCUUUUCAUGCUCUACCUGCUUCUUUCUGUAACAAGUUUUGAUUGCUUUGUUCUUACAGAAGAAAAUGCAGAAAUUAUGCUUGAUGUGUCCUUAGCGUACCGUGACGACAUGAGCGAGGAGUGGGUAGAAAUGGCACACGAAGUUGAGACCCGAAAGCUAAAAUGUAAAUUUGGAGCUCCAAAAGUAGGUUCCUUCUGGUUCUUGUUGGAUAUUGCUAGGAUUUUCGGGUUGUUGUUGUUUUUUUAAAAAAAGUAUUGUUCCCAAAAGACUUUAUGUAACUUUAGCUUUCAAAAACAUGCAACACUUAGGUUCUUUCCCCCCAUUUUUACACAAGUUCUAUAUAACACUUGGUUGUAAUAAAACCUCAAAUUGGUUUACAAAGAAAGAAUAAAACAAUAAAGAUAUCAGUAAAAACAAAGAGCUAUUUAAAAUGUUCAAAAAACAAUUUAAAGUCAGCGAUAAGCUGUUCCAAGAGCCUGCCUGCACAGUAUCUGUUAGAGAAAAUCUUCUUGAACCUGCUAGUGUAAGAGCGUUGGAAAAGCAGGUAUUCCCUUGAUGUCAAGAUAUGUGUUCAUCAGGCUGUAAAAUAGGAUAUUUGCUAAAGAUAACUGCUGUCCCCAUGGGAUUGUGCUUUGGCUUUUCAGUAUGAUCUUUAGGUCUCCCAUCUCAGAAAAAAUGGGGUUUGGAGAACAUCUCUUGUGGGCACACAAAGUGUACCCCCUUUACGUGGGAGACUUUACUCUGUCCAUAAGUUAUGAACAAGUUCUCCUGCUACGUCAUGGUUUACGAAGUAAAUAGCAGAACCGCUUGCAGCAAAAUCAGCAAAGGAUUAUUAUUAUUAUUAUUAUUAUUAUUAUUAUUAUUAUUAACAGUUUGCAUAAUGCUUUUUUUUUUCAACCACGGCUUACAACAUCCUACACUCCUUUUGGAUGUGGCAUUGGACUUCCCAUAUAUUGAAUGUAUUGUUUUCACAGAUGUUCAUGAUUUUUUUCCCAAAGCGGGAACGGCAAGGAUAUUUUCCCCAUCAAUAGUUGUAAUGACUGAUUUUUGAACCUUUAGUUACCAUUUGUGGAAGGCAAAAUUAUUGAGGGGAAAGUAUUAGGUAAAUGUAUUUCUAUUACGUUUCACGCAUCCUAAGCCUAAGCUAAUGAUAUGGGAAGAGCAGGGGGUGGGUUGUGUGUUUUUUUUAAAGAAACAUCUCCAUCUCUCGUUGCCCUCCUGAGCUAAAAUAAUCUGCUAUUUUACAAAACGUAGGCAUUUUUAAGAGCACUUGAAAAACCAAUGCUGACGGUUGUCUCUUUCCCUCUCCUGGUGUUCCAAUAGACUAUAGAGAAUGAAGGCAAGUUCUAUGACUGUGAGGUGCUUCCAUUCAUGGAGAUUGGAACUGUUGCUCACAAAUUCUACCUUAUCAAUAUCCGUCUACCUGUGAAUGAAAGGGAACGCAUCAAUGUGGGAAUUGGAGAAAUCAAAGAUAUCAGUCUAGUGGUAAGUGUUCCCUUCAAACUUAAAAGCAACUAAUUGCUAGGGUGUCAAAACGUAUUUUGUAUGGGAUAGCCUUUGGAAGGUGGAGACUCUUAACUUCUGAUUUGUUGAAUGGAAUAAGAUAGGAACAUUAGAAAGAUGGGUACUGGUGGCAUACCACACCCAUCAUAAUGGGCAACCCUGCCAAGAUACCUCCCAAGAAUUUUUGUGCCAGCUUUCGUUUUUUUAAAAAAAAAAAAGUGUGUAAAUCAGUCAUGCACGUUGCUCUGUUCUAGGGAAUUUUGGGUAAGUUAACAACAAAGUGAGCAUGUAAUAAUCCUGUUUAUACACCUCCGAAAUCCUUAUGUAAUAAUUCUGCUCAUGCAAGUAAAGCAGUCCCCCCCUUGCUUUUAACCUCCUGUUAACUAAUUUGACUGUAAACAGAUCAAGAAACCAAAGUUGUCAACCAACAGACUAAUAGUUCAUUAGUCAACAGGCUAAUGAAUUAACUUUCUGGGAUGUUUUGAUUCUGCUUAAAGAUUAUUUUUCAUGUUAAAACGGGCAUUCAAGAGAACUAAGCCACAGUUUUAUAGUAUGAAUGAAAUAAGCACAGAUGUGGCUUCCUGAAUCUUGCUUUAAGAAAGAACCAGAUUACCAAAAAUAUGAAUCCUUCUCUCUCUACAAGGAGUGCAUGAAGUUAACAGCUUCUUCAAAACGAAGUGAGGGUGUAGAAUUAGGCAGUUUGUGUGGAAUGCUGUCCCUGCUCAGAGCCUCCUUGCUCCCUGGGGAUUUCUCCCUCUGUCAUUGCUCCAGCUAUUAUCCUCCCCUUCCCCCACUGCAUUAACUAGCUUGUCACUUGCUGUGCUAGGAAUGGCUCUCUUGAUUGCCAGCAAUUCCGCCUGGCCACCAGCCUUUGCCUGUCACAUGCCGUCUGCCUUUGGGUGAAAGUGUGCGAAUUCCACUGGAGAAACAGGUCUCUGGAGGAACUAAAGCGGGGGUGGGGGUGGGGAAGGGAUAUUGAGAAAAAUAGGUAUACCGGGACUGGAUUACAACUGAGGGUCUUAAGUAUGGGUCUCAUUUUGAUCCUCUUGUUAGGACUAUCUGAUAUGGAAGUUAAUAUUCCCCCCAUAAAAAAAUUAUUGAUGUUUUUCAUAAUACAAUACAAUAAAAAGCUAAUCUAAAUUGAAAGAAAGAAAAACAAAAUGCAAAGUCUUCUCUCAAAGGUAGAUCUUGAACUCUUGUCUCACACAGAAAGGGGUGGGCUCGCCAAGCUCCUCCUGGGAGCUUUCUUUUCUUCUCCCAGCCUUUCUCCUCCCACCCCAGUAUCUUCCCUUUCCUGCCUCUCACACACAGGGUCUUUCACCAGCCAGCCAUUACCUUCAUGUGUGUACAAUUCCCUCAGUGACUCAGAGUAGACACACACACACGGAAAAGAGAAGAAAGAAGAUAAAAACAAUGUAAGAAUGAAAGAAGAAAACAAAGAGAGAAACUACUUCCGAUUCUUUGUCGGUUACAUAUAAAAAGGUUAUUCAAAAUAUUCGCUCCAGGACGAAGUUAAUCUGUUUUUUACAAUAUUUUCAUGAUUAAGCAGCUAAUUGAAGAACUUGCUUCAUGUGCUCGGCUUCUUCGCAGGGCUUUCUUCCUUCCCCAAAUAUAGUUGUUACUUGAGCUUCACGAUGUUUGUUGCAAGGUGUUGUAGUUAAUGUCAAAUGGAUCUGAAUGUUGGGAAAGGGAAGAAAGGCAGCGUUUUCAAUUUGCGCUCUCUUCUCCAGGGUAUCCAUCAGAACGGAGGGUUUACAAAGGUGUGGUUUGCGAUGAAAACCUUCCUUACUCCGAGCAUCUUCAUCAUCAUGAUUUGGUACUGGAGGCGGAUCAUGAUGAUGACGCGACCACCUGUGCUCCUGGAAAAGUGAGUAAAGAUAGAUGACACAGGUGUAGCCUCCUGAAUCUUGCUUUAAGGAGGAACCCUAUUACCAAAGCUACGAAUCCUUUGCUCUCUGCAAAGAGUGCAUUAAGUUAUAGCUUCUUUGAAAAGAAGUCAGGUGGCCAGUGUAUAAUUAGAGAGUGUGUGUGGAAUGUUGUCUCUGCUCAGAGCUCUCCUCCUUCCCUUUGGAUCCCCCCCUCUGGCAUUUCUCCUUCCCCUUCCCCAACACUACAUUAUUAAAUCCCUCACAAAUUUUUCAUUGGGGUGAAUGCAGCAGCAGUUUCUCUGAAAGGGAGCACUGAAAGCACCGUUGUUGUUGUUGUCUUCCAGAGUUAUCUUUGCUCUUGGGAUCUCUAUGACCUUCAUAAAUAUUCCAGUAGAGUGGUUUUCUAUUGGAUUUGACUGGACGUGGAUGUUGCUAUUUGGAGACAUUCGCCAAGGAAUCUUCUACGCUAUGCUUUUGUCCUUUUGGAUCAUCUUCUGUGGAGAGCAUAUGAUGGUGGGUAUGAUCGUUUCUGGGCAUAAUACUGUUUGUGUAUGUGUGUAUUUUUUAUUGGCCAUGGAGAAAGUAUUUUAAGAGGGUUUUCUUCCCCCUUUCUGUAGAAUAAAGGCAGGCAAUCAGAAACAUAGGAUGAAUGUAUGAGGGGGUUUUAGUCCAUGGAUUUGAAGCAAUGAGAAGGUAAUUCUGUAAGCUGUAUCAGGUGGGCAGAGCAAUCCUAACCCUGGCCUGGCAGCAGCAGCAGGGCAUGAUGGAGCCACAUGGCUUCCACCACAUCCAAAGCCCCACUGCUAAUGAUGUCUGGGAUAAGGGGCUGGUAGAAACCCUGCUUCAUUCUGCACUAUCCUGGAACUGGGGUGGCAGUCGGGGCCCAAAUUGUGCCAGAUGCCAUCACAAAUGGAUCCCGGGUCAUCUCAGUCCCGCUUCACCCUCAGAGAUGGUGUUGAGGAACUAGCACUAUUUCAAAGUGUGCUUCAGUAAUACUCUUCACCUGCUUGAGUGGCACAUUGGUUACACAGGUUAAAUCAUUCUUAUUGUUUCUUUCCUACUGGUUAUCUCCCACCUUGACUACUUCAAUGCACUCUACAUGGGGCUACCUUUGAAAGUGACACGGAAACUACAACUAAAUCCAGAAUGUGGCAGCAAAAUGGUGACUGGGAGUGUCCGCUGAGACCACAUAAUACCAGUCCUGAAAGACCUACAUUGGCUCCGUUUCCGAGCACAAUUCAAAGUGUUGGUGCUGACCUUUAAAGCCCUAAAUGGCUUUGGCUCAGUAUAAAUGAAUGAGCGUCUCCUCCCCCAUCAUACACUGAGAUCCAGUGCCGAGGGCCUUCUGGCCGUUUCCUCCUUGUGAGAUGUGAGGUUACAGGGAGCCAGGCAGAGGGCCUUCUCCGUAGUGGCGCCCGCCCUGCGGAACGCCUUCCCACCAGAUGUCAAGGAAAUAAACAACUAUCUGACUUUUAGAAGACAUCUGAAGGCAGCCCUGUUUAGGGAAGUUUUUGAUGUUUUAUCUCUUCCUCUUCUUCUUCUUCCUGUAUUAUUAUUAUUCUGUUGGUAGCCGCCCAGAUGGGCAGGGUGUAAAUAAUAAAUUAUUAUUAUUCCUGCUACCCAUUUGCAAAUCAUUCUGUUGUCUCCUAAUUUUAUUUUUAGGAUCAGAGUGAACGAAACCAUUUCUCCGCUUACUGGAAACAAGUUGGACCAAUAGCUGUGGGCGCCUUCUGCCUCUUUGUCUUUGACAUGUGUGAGAGGUAACUGGAGACCUUUUAUUUUUAAGAGGGUUCACAUAAUCUUAAUGUGUUUGGUUUUAGUUUUUUUUAGUUCUAAAAAGCGGCUUAUGAUAAUAAGAAAAUUAUUAAUGCCAGAACACUGUUCCAGCUGUAAAUGUUCUUUGAAUUUUUCCAAUAUAUAGAGUCAAGCUUUGCUUGCAUGAAACCAACAGAGCACUGCUCUGCCUCUGGUCCUUCCAGAUCUCAAGGGGAAUUGCUGCCUUAUUGUAUACUUUGCCAUGUGUAAUUUAAUCUUCUUGUUCCUUUCAAUUUCCAGAGGGGUACAAUUAAAAAAUCCGUUCUACAGUAUCUGGACCACAGAUGUUGGCACUGAACUGGCUGUAUCCUUUCGCUGUUCACAUCAACAAAAGCUGUGUGUUUUGCUUGUCAUAGGGUAUUGGGAAAGGGCUGCAUUUUCUUCAGGGACUUUCUGAACAUACUGAAACCCUGUUGACAUGGCCAAACUGAUAGGAACUUUUCACAUAAAUAUUAUGGACCACCUCUGGUAUCCUUUGAAUGUAUUUCAUGAAUUUGGCAAUUGAUUUGAUGAUGAUUCGCCUGCAGAGACUCCUUUCUGUGGGGAUGUUACUAGAACAAGAAACAAGCAUGUUGUUGGUUGUCUACCCAGGUAGCUAGUUGGAGGACACAAAAGUGACUAGACUUAUCAAGCUACAAGGGCGGUGAUAAAAGUUGAAUGGCUUUGCUGUGCUUUUAAGCUUGCAGACUGAAUCAGGAACAGGUAAACUUCAGGCUUGUGGAAUCCACUUGCUUUUGGGGUGGGGGUACAGUGGUACCUCGGGUUAAGAACUUAAUUCGUUCUGGAGGUCCAUUCUUAAACUGAAACUGUUCUUAACCUGAGGUACCACUUUAGCUAAUGGAGCCUCCCACUGCCACUGCACCGCCGGAGCACGAUUUCUGUUCUCAUCCUGAAGCAAAGGUACUAUUUCUGGGUUAGCAGAGUCUGUAACCUGAAGCGUCUGUAACCUGAAGCUUAUGUAACCCGAGGUACCACGGUAUUCUUGUUUGGGUUAUUUUUGCUUGAACCUUAAGGUUUGCCAACCAUACCUGCUCAAAAGAGCAGACAUACACUGAGAGUUAAGGGCCAGGUCACAUUCUCAGCUCAGCAAUCUUGUUUCUAGCACAACAAGGUGGCGCUGGGGUCUAAACCGCUGAGCCUCUUGGACUUGCUGAUCAGAAGGUUGGCAGUUCCAAUCCGUGGGACAGGGUCUGCUCCCAUUGCUCUGUCCCGGCUUCUGCCACCUAGCAGUUCGAAAGCAUACUAGUGCAAGUAGAUAAAUAGGUACCACUACUGUGGGAAGGUAAAGGACAUUUCCAUGUGCUCUGGCUUCUGUCACAGUGCCCCGUUGUGCCAGAAGCGGUUUAGCCAUGCUAGCCACAUGAACCGGAAAGCUGAGCACCGCAACCCAUAGUUGCCUUUGACUAGACUUAACUGUCUAGGGGUCAUUUACCUUUACCUGUUGUAUCACAACAGCAGAAAUCCACUCCCUACCUACCUCCCAUGGUUUUCCCUACCAUGCCUUUUGUUUCUGCAGCCAAACUUUUUGUGCAGCAGGCUUGUUGUUACUAAGCAAUUGGGAGUCGGAGCCAAUCUGCUGGAAAUUUCCCGGAGUUCUUCUGGAUCUCCUUUUGUCCUCAUGCUGCUUGUCUUUGUGUACCUCCCCUCCUGUUUUUAUGUUUUUAAAUAUUUUGUUUUUCUGGCAUGCCUGUGAACCUAAAAACAUUUCUGCUGAGCUUGCUCAUUUUUGGAAACCGCAUGCCUGGGCCAGAAGCACUUUCAAACGGUCGCUAAAUUCUUACUAGGCUAAUGUUCUGCUCUGGCUACCUUGCACCCCUCCUUGCAACAGGCCUUUCCUUAAGAUUGCAAGGUGGCUGCUGCUUCUGAGCAUCUUCUCUGUGUUCCAGCAGAAUAAAGCUGACAAUUCCAGCUGAGGUUGUUUUAGCCUCCUGACAUUUUCAAUAUUUUAUCCCACAUUAAUGCCUUGUCAAGAGCCAAGGGGAACAAUAACAGCAUAUCAGGUCUGGGACUUCCUGUAUGUUCUGCCUCAUUUUUACACGCUUAGUAACUGGAGCACGCCCCCCCCCCCCCCCGGUUAUCCUUAAGAACAGAGCCAUGUUGUGUUAACUUCACAAAGCCAACUGAAUUGCCCGUUGUUGCUGUGCUGGUCCAGGGGGGAGGUUACCGUGGGGCGAGGUCCAGGACCUGAGUCGAGGGUCGGCAGACAGUCCUCCGCGGGCGAAGCGGGGUCCAGAGCGAGGAGCCGGGCAAGGACAGGAACUCUGGGUGAACCGGACUGGGUGCUGGCCGAAACAGCUCUUCAGCGACAUUGCUCCCGCAACCUGGGACCAGGCUGACUGGCCUUUAUCUUCUCUGAGGCCAGGGGCGGCCCCGGCCCCCAGGAGACCCGCCUCUCCUGGCCUUAAGGUGAGCACUCCUCCUGGGAGAAACCAGUUCCCUUCGCCUCUCUGCCCUGAGCCUCUGCAGUUCAGGAGAGGCUGGAGGGUUACUGGACCCAGGGGGAGACUCACCUGUAGGCACUGAGUCCUCAACCACCUCCGGAGCCAGAGUGGAUUCACCUGGUGCCUGCUCCUGAGGAUCCGGCACAGGUGCAGGCGCUUCAGAAUCAAGGCCCUGCCCCAGUUCAGCCGGCCCUGGAGGCGGGAACUCCUGUGCAGGCUGGGAUUCCUCUGGUUCAGCCUCUGAAUCGGAUUCCCAGGCCAUCACAGUUGCUGUCUCCACCUCGUGUGUAUGUCAGAUAACUUAACUUUACUGCUCAGAUGGCAUUUAUUAUCGUUGCCGGAAUAUGCCUCUGCCUCUACUUCUUGUUCCUGUGUUUCAUGGUGUUUCAAGUGUUCAGAAAUAUCAGCGGCAAGCAAUCCAGCCUCCCAGCAAUGAGCAAAGUGCGCAGGCUUCACUAUGAGGUAAGGAGCCUGAGCAGUAAUGUCUUCUUUUUAAAAGGCCACUUUGCAUCAAUAUUCUGAUCAGGUUACUAGUGAAUUGUAACCAAAGAGCAGAGCUUGUUUUGCCACUAACAAGGCAUCACGGGGAGAAGAUACAGGAUGGUUUUAACAGUGCCAAGUCUGGACCUGGUUGAAAAACCACUGUCCUGGGCAUUACUGAAGGCAUUAUUCUCCCCAGCCCCCCCCAAAAAAACCACCUGAUUACAUAGAAACUAGAAUCCUGGGAUUCCGCAAAGCAGAAUUUCACAAAGAGAAGAGUUGCAGUGGCGAAUAAGCUUUCCCAGUGAGUGAUUUCCAUUGUGUUGCAGCCGCUGCUCAAGCAAUUGUCCCGGGAGCCCCUUCCCCUUCCUUCAUUCCUUGGCCAUGUUUUUCAAGCUUUGCAUUGGUAGCGGCUGGUAGGGCAGUGUGGGAGCUCAGUGUGAUGCCUUCCCAAUGUGGGUGUGUCGCUGCCCGUUGUAGAGCAGGGAGGCAGCAGGUAGCCCAGUGCAGACACACCAGAACCAUUUGGCUGCUCCCCCCUAGCUCACCUGCCCUCCUUUAUUGGUAAUGGGCAGCAGCAGUGCAUUGGGAAGCCAGGGAAGCCACACCGCCCUGCCCUGUGCUGGGUGAAAGGUCCAGCACUUGCCGUGGUCAUCUUAUAUCCCUCUCUUCUUACCCCCCCAUCGAGAUGCUGCCAGGCAGCAAGGGUUAAACAUUCUGUAUGUUGAAUGCUCACCAAGCCAAAGCUUUAAGGGUGGUGAGCAAAACAAAGGCUUAUCCCAUCAGAAGAGAUCAAGAUAUUGACAGCAAAGUUCUUUGAGACUAAAGGUGCUGACCUGACUGUCUCACUCUUGCUUGCUUUCCCAGUAAUCUUUGAACUAUUUGAAGCUACAUUCCCCCUAACCACACACUUGUUACGUUUCUGUGUCUUCCUAGGGGCUGAUUUUCAGAUUCAAGUUCUUGAUGCUAAUCACAUUAGCUUGUGCAGCCAUGACCAUAAUAUUUUUCAUUGUCAGUCAGGUGAGUAUCCUAAAAAUGACUUUCCACAGAGGUGUUUCCCCCCCCAAUUUUUUCUACGUGGUGGUUGGGCUGUGGCCUUUUAAAACCCGCUGGAGAAACUUUAUGGUGCUUUUGGGUAAGGGCUUUCACCUGGUCCUUCACUAAUUACCUGUUGGAAGCAACAAAUAACCUUUGCAUUCAGGAUUGGGGUCGCUUAUUCUUCCGAGACAAGACUGUGUGCAUUUCCCCCCCUGGAUUUGGAGCUUUAACCAUGUAGCGGAGAUGGUGGAGAGCAUGGGCGAAUGGGGCCCAGAAGUGUUCCCCUACGAAACAUUCACCCACACUGCAUUGCUUCCAGGGGCAGCACAACGCAUUGUGCCACCCGAGACGGGGCCCCUCCAUCUCCUCCUGCCCCCAGCUGGCCAAACGGGGUACUCCAUUCUUCUCCACCUGCUUGCUUGCUGCUGACAAAGCACAGAUUCUCCCUUACUAAGAAACGGCUCCUUCUUCCAAGUGACACACUGUAGCCAAUGUCACCCGGAAAGCACCAGCGCCUCUGCUGCUUUGCUGCAGUGGCGAUAAAUUACAGUUUGAAACGCCGUUAAGGGAAUUUUAAACUGUAACAUGCCAUUGGCUGUGCUGCAGAUGACGUCACCUGCCGUUUGUUAAGGACGCUGAAAGUUGUUUGAAGACCUUUCCUUUUCCCUUCGCACAGCUACAAUUCCCAGAAUUCCCUGGGAAGAAGGAUUGACCAUUAAGACCAGGCGUCAGCAAACUUUUUCAGCAGGGGUCCGGUCCACUGCCCCUCAGACCUUGCAGGGGGCCAGACUAUAUUUUGAAAAAAUAAAUAAAAAUGAACAAAUUCCUAUGCCCCACAAAUAAGAUGCAUUUUAAAUAAAAACACACAUUCUACUCAUGUAAAAACACGCUGAUUCCUGGACCGUCCGCGGGCCGGACUUAGAAGGUGAUUGGGCCGGCCCCGGCCCCCAAGCCUUAGUUUGCCUACCCAUGGUUAUGACACUCUUAAGAAGUGUAGUUCUGUGAGGGGAAUAGAAGUCUCCUAACAACUAACUAUCAUGUGAGUGUGGCUGUGGUGCGUGGCCAGCUCUGCAGGUGUCAAAUGGUGCAUACAGUUCCACCGCCUGAGCCACGUGGCCCAUAAUGGUUCAAGAUAGGAUUGGCCCUGUUUCCUUUUCUUCUAGUCAUUGUAUGGAGAGAAAGCAAACCAGCAAGGUCACACCUAGGAAUGAGGACUCUGGAAAAGGAAUGGGAGUUGUGAUUUCCAACACAGAAAGGGCCGUUUCUCUUAAGGGUAUGGUUGGGAUUCGGUUGUUUUUCCUGCUUGCUCUGUUCCUCACUUGGUUUUACCUUCUCUUUCUCCUGGGUAGGUGACUGAAGGCAGCUGGAAAUGGGGCGACUACACCGUGCAAGUGAACAGUGCCUUUUUCACAGGGAUCUACGGGAUGUGGAAUCUUUACGUUUUUGCUCUGAUGUUCUUGUAUGCUCCCUCACACAAAAACUACGUCGAAGAGCAAUCGAACGGUGGGCUGAUGUAGCAGUGGCUUGUGUUGAAGUCACAGUAUUUUUUUUUUAGAAGACGGGGGCUUCUGUGUUUUAAGUCUGGGUAUCCUCUCAUUGGUAGCCUAGUUGUAUUGGUAGCAUGGAGUUGUGACUGCUAAUGGAUGUUCCUAUGUUGAGGGUAGCCGAGGAAAACCUAUAUUGCGGUUUUGGGGAUCAUUCUGCCUCCUGUUCUAAUCAAGGGUUUCCCAUAGACAUUGGGUAAGAACAGGAUGCUAGACUUAGAUGAGCCAUUGACCUGAUAAAGCAGGCUCUCUCCUAUGUUUCUUUGAGUGUAAGAUGUGUGGAAGUUGUUUUGUAAUUGCUGGUUGAUCUCCGGGUGAUGGGCAGUGUCGCCACCAAGGCAGUGGCAAAAAGGCUUUCUCUCCCUUGUCCCACCCCUUCUAAAGGAGGCUGCUGAGAUGGUGGUGGGAAUCCAGGAGUUGAUAGAGAGAACUGUUAAGACCCUGUACAGAAAACAAAAUCCCGAGCUGAGCAUGUAUUCAGACAGAAACCCACUUUUCCUUUAGUGACAUGUAGGCCUGUCCUAAAAAGUUGGUUGCCAAAAGCAUUCAGGGCUACAAGCCGUAAUUAAGUCCAUGCUGGUUUGGUAUUUGAGGUAUGCUAUUUCACAACUGGCUCUAUUUCACCUCAAAAGUUUUAGUUAAAAUAAUAGAUCCCUUUAACCUAAAGUCUGCCUGUGCCCAGUUGUGGCUAGAUCAUUGUGACCCAGAAAUGGCAUGUGGAAUCACCUCUUUUGGCUUGUACUGAUCAUGUGGACUGAUCAGGUUAAGGAUGUGUUCUUAUGUACCAAAUCCUGCCUCAGACAAAACUCUCAAAGACAAUUCCUGAAUUAAAUCUCUGUUUUAAAGUUUGAUGCAGACUUUUAAAAAGGUGUUCCCUUACUGCCAAUAUUAAAAAAAAAAAUAUUCUCUUCCAAAGGCCUCAUGGAGGCCUGUUCCGUGACUGUCCUCAUGCCAAGACUCAGCUUUUGUCUGAAACAUGGCUUUAUUUUAUUUUUUCCAGGAGACCUGGGAGUAAACAGCGGAGAAGAGCUUCAGCUCACUACCACCAUAACCCACGUGGAUGGACCGACAGAGGUUUACAAACUGGCUCGCAAAGAAGCCCAGGAGUAACCACUAAAGCAGGACUCAUCAGGCACAAACUGUGGGUGACACAUGGAAAGGGUGAUGAUCUGUGUCUAAAAUCAUCCCCAAAGUGCCUGGCACUGACGGGGCAUUUUCACGGAACGCUGGCAACCUGGUGGAAAUGCUGCUUUGAUAGUAGUGUAUCUUUCUUUUGACUUUUUUUCCCCACGACACUCUUUAGUUUGUCUUGGGUGUUAACUGCAGAAGGUGGGGUGGGGGAUGAUUGACAGUGAGAAUUGAUGUAUGGAAAGGAGAGGUGCCCGUUUCCAUGUAGGACCUUUGGUUUAAGACCUUACUCAUUACCCACACACCUGCUGCUCCUUCUGAUAUAGGGACAUGAUUGGGAAACAGAGUUGGAAUACUUUGUGCUUCCCCAAGUCAAGGUUUUUUUAUUCCACACUCCCAAAACCUACGUUUAGAACCAUUUUUUGUUCUUUAUUUAUAUCACAUGUAAUGGUUAAUAUUUACAUGCUUUAAUAAGCACAUUCAUGACUUCUUUUCUAGUCUAGUAUAAAACUACUUUUUGUAAAGUUUUGGUACAAAUAAGGUCAUUUCAGCUUUAAGUCGGGCUAUUUGUGUGCCAGUGUGGGUGUGCGUGCGUGCGUGCGUGCGUGCUGUGAAUACUAACAAGUCUGUCUGGUGUAGAUAUCUUUUUAUAUGCCUCAAGAAUCCCUGUUUACUUGUAUGAUACAUAACCCACGGAGGUGAAAGGGCUGUUCGUGUGCACUGUUUAAUUCUUUUGUUCUGUUUCUAUUUCUUUUCUUUUUUAAAUAAAUGCUCCAUGUAACUUGGGGAAUACUGUAGAUUUUUUUUUCCUUUCUUUUAUACUAUGAAUAAAAUAUACAAAUAAUUC